GGUUUUUUUGCCGGCUCGAGCGCGCCGGCCCCUCCCCCUCCCCUUCUAGGGCCAAGUUGUGAGGGGAAGUGGAGCGCGCGCGCCUCCUUUCCCUCAGAGGGGGGGGGCAGGGAAGAAAGCGAGGCGGGAGCGCGCACCAGCUCGCUCUCUUGCCCUCCCCACAUUUCUCUCACCCCCCCCAACCAUCGUCCCCUCUCUCUCUUUCUCUUCGCCCGACCCCCCCCACCCCUUUCACACAACUCAUGAAGAGAAAGACGCGGAGUGUGACCGUGUGGAGCCAGCGCUCCGGCCGCGCUCCUCAUGAAGCGCAGGUAAGAGAGAGAGAGAGAGAGAGAUGGGCAGGCAGGCAGAAUAAAUAAACGAACAAAACAAUUUUUUUAAAAAAAUAAAAAACCGCUUUCCAUUUAUACAUCUUACAAGGUUAACAAUAAUAUCACCACCCCCCUUUAUUUCCUUCUUCCCCCGUGGUCGACGGCGACCGCUUCCUGUGCCCUGAGGCGAUGGUGUCUGUAAUGGGGGGGGGGGGAAAUAGGUGGCUGUUGUUUCCUAAUAGCCUUAAGCGCUCUGCAAAAACUUGCUUUUUUAUUUUAUGCUUUCUUUUAAAAAACGCGCCGUCCCCACUUCUUAACCGCAUUGGGUUGCGCUCCCGCUCGCGAUACUUUUUCCUUCUUCUCUUUAUUUCUAGGAAAAGUAUGUUUUGAAAGACCUGGCAACUCGGGUCUCUGUGUGUAUUUAUUUAUGGCGCGCAGCAGCGCGUUUUCAAAGUCUCCCAUUAACCUAGUUCCCUGUAGGGAGAUUUUUGCGUUUUUCUUGGUGGGGGGGGAACUUGUCCCCCCACUACCACACACCCCUUCUCUCUAGAUAGUGUGGGGUGAGUGACACACACACACACACACACACACACACACACACACACACACUAUGGAUGGGGUUUCCUUUGGGGGACAGCAGAGAAGAGAAAUUGACCUUUGGGGGCAGUUGAAUGAGGGCGUCGGGUUCCCUUCUCCCCCCUCCUCCUGCCCCACCUCUCCUAAUUUAAGGCAAAGCAUACUCGUUUCUCCCCCCUCCCUCUCUGUCAUGGAUUUUAGCCCCCCCCAACCCCUCGCUCGCCCCUCGCCCGCCCGCCCAAUGGGAGGUUCGUGGGGGCCGCGCGUCCUCCUUGCGCGCGGCGCACGCACGCUGUGCCUGUUCCCUGAGAUAUGCUGGAAGGGCAGCUGGGUAAAAUCCCAGCUGGAGGGUGGGACGUGGUUGGGGGGCGGUUUGCUGAGAUGACUUUCCCACCCCCCUGUGUGUGGAAGGGGCAUGGAGCUCCUCUGAUCUUCCUUCACCUCGGGACAUGAUGCCUUAUUUGGGGCUAGGUGGGUGGAUAGAUGGGGGACAGCUCUGUGUGACUGGCAGGGUUUAACCCCCCUCCCUGCUUCUCUCCCACCCCCUCUCUCCUCCUCUUCUCCCCCCACCCCACCCCUCCCUCUAACCUCCAAAAGGGGAAUUUUCCAGCUGGUAAUUUCUGCUGCGUCAACACCCAGCUCAAGGGAGUGGAGAGGAGACAAGGGGGCAUUUUAACAGCAGCUCCACUUCGUGAAAUAGCAAGCCUUUCCAUUCUGGUUUGAUAAUUUUAUUUGAAAAGCAAACAAAAACCACCCCACAGCGUUUAAAAAUAAGCAUCUGUGCAAGUUGGACCCAAGAGCUUGACAAGAGAGAGUGGCUCAAAACUGCUUGGAAGAAAGGGAUGAGGUAAUAAUACUGGUGAAACAUGUUGUAUAUUUCUCCUUCGCUUGCUUUCUCUUUCUGCCUCUCUAAAGCCAGGCCUGUUUGGGGUUAUUGUCUCCCCCUGAAGUCUGGCACCGAUCGGCUGGCCUUUCCUCCAUUUUAAUUGCAAGCUGAAAUAUUGGUAGUGACCCUGUAUAUUUUUAAAAACCCAGUCUUCAGAAUAAUGCUUUUCCUGCCUAAAGCUGGAGGACUACAUAAUAUGCUUGUGACAAGUAAGGGAAUUGAUUUGAAAAUGUUGCAUACAGGUAGGGAACAUUUUAUGAAGGGGGUGUCAACACCCCGAAAGAAUAAUUUGUAGGGAGAGUAAAAGGUUUCCUUUAAAAAACAACAACCUAAAGGUGAUGGUAGAAGUUUUUAAGUUGUAGAUUGCCUUUUUGUGUCUGUAAAUAGGUUGUCAGUUCUGUAAAAGUCAUGCAAGUAGCAUCUGAUAACUCAAUCCCAGACGACAAAUAAGAAAUGAACCAGAUUUCCUGGACUGUUAACAGUGGGAGGAUUCCUUCAAUUUAAAGACAGCUCCUUAUUGCUUGCUGUACUGCUGGAGAGCCAGAAAUAGAUAUAAUAGAACUAUUGUAUGCAGUAAUGUAUUUUUGAUGUGUCAAGAAAUAUAGAAACAAAGGGCAGUUUUACUAGGAGAUAUUUCUUAAAAUUAGCUUUCUCUGUAUUCACUCAGGGUAGUUAUUUAGCCUGGAUUAGAGACAAGGUUAUUAUCAGCAGUGUUUAUAUAUAUGCUAAUAAGGAAGUGUGUUUUGCAAACAAUGUUUUGCAGGCACCUGUACUGAAGUUAUUGUAUGCAUUUUAAUACUUGAGUCAUUUCAAAUGUUUAGUUGCAUUUUCUAAAUAUAUGUUGUACACUAGCAUUUUAAGUACCAGUACAUAUACUGUAACUUGGUUCCCUACUUUUACUGCUUCUAUUUUAAGGGGUUUUCUUUGAGAAGAGUAUUCUAUUUUGGUAAAAGGGAAAGCUAGACAUGGCUUUCUUGCCACGAGACAGACAAAAGCUUCAGUUUUACACAAACUUUGGAAAUUGCACGAUAUCCCCCCCCCCCCCGCCAGCUCGGUGAACUAAAGUUUGGCAGUUUAUACUGUGUCACUUUAAAUACAGUAGUAUUUCAGGGAUAAAGGGAACCACUCUUAGCAUUUGACAGCCAAUUCUGUUUUAUUGAUUGGCUGUGCUGAACAGAAUUAAUAGCAGUUGAAUGCAGCUAUUGCUUGUCAAGUUCUCAGUCUUGUAGUCCUUUCAUGAUAUGGGGUGUGUAUGCAUUUAGAGUCUUAGACUUUAGAGCUUACUGUUAACCACAGUUUUCCACAUAGUGAAAAAUUAUCCUCUGGUGUAUUACAAGUUAACAAAGGAGAGCCUUAUGGGACAGACAGGAUCUACAAAACAGUAUCCAGGUCUUGAUUAACUAGAACUUGCAUUUCUCCAUCCUGAAAAUGAGCAAAUCUGACAGUGAAAUCCUAAUGCAUGUUUACUUGGAAGUAAGUUUUGCUGUGUUCAGUUAAGCUUACUCCCUAGUAAGUGUGUUUAGGCUUGCGGUAUGAGAUACUAGUGUCGAUUGUUAUUUAAAUGGAUGAUGAAAAGCUAAUUUUGCUGUUAGUAGACUACUUAUUGGAAUCAUAUUGUUACAGCUUUUGAUUAGGCUAUGAUGUCUUGUUUACUCCAUGAAGCCAUAUCUAAAUAAGUGAGAAUGAUACAAUUAUGCAUUGUAAAUUAAUUGGAUCUGUUUCUUCUCUUUCAUAUGACAUUAUUUGCUAAUUAAACAGACAUAAUAACUAUUUUAAUAAAUGAUGUAUGGCAAUAUACAGGUCAGAUUUUGGAAUUUCAGAGAACAGAGGAAAUGGGCCACAUUGUCCCUAUGGCUUGUGUUUUCUAGGACAUCCAUACAGUAGAGCCAAUGUCCUUCUCUUCCAGGUUGUAUAUUAGAAAAGCUUUCUGAGUAGCUUACAGAAACAACCUUGGCAUACUUUAUUGGGUGGAUAGCCUAAGCGAAGUGAGGCUUCAAACCUAACCUACUUACCUGAGUACCUGGGAGUAAACCUCGUUGAAUGGAAUGAGACUUACUUUUGAGUAGACACUGCUAGGAUUGCAGCCUUAAUUACAAACUGUAGGUGCCUGCUUGGUCUGGUAUUGUUUGGAUAUUGGCUCGACAUACUCUAAAAUACAUUUCUUCUUGCCUUUACUUCCUCAUGAAAGCUUUUGCUUUUCAUUGCGAUAUUCACCAUUCCUUCAAGGUUUUAUUAAUACAAGUACAGUAUGCAUAGUUUUUGUUUCAUAACUUUUUGCCUUUCUAGCUUCUUAAAUCAAAAUUAUUUUCAUGAACAGCCCACAUCUCCUGAGCAGUGAUCCUUUUUUCAACUGAGUUCUGUUUGCUUCUUUUAGCAACAUGGCUUUCCUGCAUUAUUUGUAGUGUGAACUAAUCCUUGUUACUAUAUUCUUAAUUUAAUUGGUAAAUAAAAGGAUAAAAGGGGCUUAGUUUAAAUCUCAAAAGGCUCCCUGAAAUUCAAAUAGUUAUCCUUUACACUUAUAAUUCCCUGAACUCUGAAGCUUUGUACCUAUGCCAGAAAACUUUGACACCCUGCACAAUAGGAUUAGCUGAAUAUUUGUUGUGUACUCAAAUGGUUGUUGUCUUAUCUUAAACUAGGCAGUUUAAAGGUAAGACAUAGUAGGCUUCCCAAUCAAUUGAUCAGUUUCCCCCGAAAUGGAAAGAAUGCAAAAUUAAAUUCUUAGGAAAGUAUGUAGUAAUUCACAGAAGCUAGCAUAAUGGAUUUGCCAAUAAUAAAUCCCGGUAAACUAAUAUUAUCUCUAUCUUGUAUCACUUUACUAGGAAACUUAGCAGACACUGGGAAUUAUGUGGAUGCAGUUUAGCUUGAUUUCAGCAAAGCACUUGACAAAAGUUUUCUGUGAUAUUUUGGUUAGCACGUUGGUUCAGUGAAAGCUGCACAAUGGUACUGUCAGAUUCACAGCUGGUUGCAAAACAGUAUUUGAAGUGGAAAGGGAUCUCAACACAAUUGUUCCCAAGUGCCUUCUCAGACAGACACUAUGGAGCUUACAGAUCUCCAUAGUCUUCUGGGGAGCUGUGGGCAAUGAAACAGGAUGGACUAUGGUGUAGCACAAGUUGGGUAAAUCCUGAAACACAUAUGACUGAACACAGCUAAUGAGCAUACAGUUGUGGUUACUAUGUGGCAGUGAAGAGCUUCACCUCUGCCACCAUUGCAGCUUGCAGUAGGCAUCCAAAAGCUUAUACACACAGUGAAGGGGCCAUUUGUAUCUGUCCCGAUGAAGGAGAUGAUUGGAGGCAUUCUGUGACAAAUUUGCUAAGCACUUUGAAGAUAAAAUUGCUUGAAUCCAUACAGAAUUAGAUACUGUAGUUAGGACUAGUCUUGUGGAUGUGUCCAGAACACCAUCUGGUUAAGUUUUAUUGAAUCAGUUUCAGUUAUUAUGGCCUGAGGAUGUGGGCAAGCUUAAAGGGAUUCAGCCUACUGCAUGUCUCCUUUGCUAAUAAAAGCUAAUGUUGAGGGCUGAGAAGGUGCCAGUGGCUUUAAAAGAGGCACUUUCUUUAAACCUGUAGUUGUUGAAUAAAUACCGCUCCUUGGGCAAGGUGCUUAAGAAAUUGAUGGUGGUGCACCACCAAUUUCAAUCCCAUUCAGUCCUGUCUGAAUCAGGAGAAGUAGUGCAGGUGCUGACCUGAUAUUUCAAGGUGGUAAUGGGCUAGGUAUGGGUCAGUAAACUGAAUCCAGACAUAAUGGAGAUGCUAUGGGUGGGCUUUUAUGGGGUUUGGUAAGACAGCCUGUCCUGGAUGGGAUAGUCCCUUUAAGGAACAGGUCUGUAACCUGGGUAUGUGUACACUUCCGGAGUCAUCUUUGUCACUUGAAAGUCAGGUGGCUUCAUGAUUAGAAGUGAUUGUUCCCAGUUAUUGAUGGUUCACCAGACAUAGCCUUUCCUGGACAGAGAUAGCUCUGAUAGUUUUCGGAUUGGACUAUUAUAUUGCAAUACACUCUUAUGUGGAGUUGCCCUUCAGUGGUCUGGAAUUUGCAACUGGGGAGUGCCAAUGGUUGCUCACACCUGUUUUGAAAUACUUGCACUAGCUGCCAGUUGUCUUUCAGGUGCUUCUGAUGACAUUUAAAGCCCUGAAUGGCCUGGGUCCCAAAUAUCUGAAAAAACACCUCCUCCCAUACCCUGGUCUAUGAUUUGCAGAUCAAAUACUUUUGGUGGUUCCCAAACCUAAUGUGGUCCACGCUGCAGGUGCUUGUGGCAGGACAUUCUCUGAAGUGGAUCCACACCAAUGGAAUGAACUAUCCUUCCAUACCUCAGCCUUACUUGCUUUCCACUGGUAGUUGAAGAUGUACUUCUUUGUCUAGUGGAGCAGGGGUAGUGUUGAGAUUCACUGUAGAACUGGGUAUAAGGGGUUUUUUUGUUUGUUUUUUUGCUGUUGCUGCUGCCUGCAAUUUUUUACUGUAAAUUUAAUUGAUGAAUUUCAUUUUGUUUCUACAAUGUUAAGUUUGGGGCUAUUUUUUUUUUCUUAUACAUAUUCUGCUCUGGCAUCUUUGAGUGAAGGAGGUAUAUAAAUUACAUAUUGUUAGAAUAAGUUUAAAAUAAAUAGUAUUAUUAGAUAAGUACAAUUAAGGGGCAGGAGUCUCCUAACAAGCCUUAUCGGGGAAGUGCGAUGCAAGGACUUCCACAAAAGUGCUUUCCCCCGCACCAGAAUUAGCUUGGGGAGGGGCAUCGAGAGAACCUCCAGAACAGUUCAUGGGAGGAGGAUCAUUCUGUCUGCUAAGCUGAAUUGCUUGUGCAGAUGGAAUGUUUGUCAUAGGGCAAUGUUGAGUUCCACUCAGGGUUUUUUGACUCACCUCCAGCAUUCACUUUCAUAUCCACAUGGAAGUGUCCAGCAAAAAUAUUUUGACUGGUGUGUGGCAUGAUAAAUCCAGGCUGCUUCCAUCGGGAGCCAUAAAUAAAUUCUUAGAUCCACAGUAAUUUGCUAUCUACUCACGGGCAAAAUUGUUGGUGUUUGACAUGUCUGCUGGAGGUUUAUACACAUCUUUCUUUUAUGCGGUCUUGGGUUCCACAGAGACACAAAUUGUACAUUGGGCAUUUAGCAAGAAGCUGGUCCUGACUUUUGAAACUCCUGGCCGUGGGGUGGGGGGAUCUGAGAAAUCACAGGCCUAUUAGCUUAACAUCUGUUCCAUAAAACUUGGUGGAAAACAUUAUUAAAGAAGCAUAUAGAGGAAGAAGCCUUGCUGCAUAAGGACCAGUGUGGCUUCCACAAGGGCGCAUCCUGACUAACCUUUUAGAGUUCUUGGAGAGUCUUAAUAAGUAGUUAAUUUAAUUCUCAUCUGACCCAUGCCUGAUCUAUUGGCCUUUACAGUCUCUGGCCAUGGUUGAGGCAGAACUUGGGGACACCAGUUAAAGCUCAGAUUAACGUAAGGCAGAGAAUAGUUGGUUGGUAGGCCAUUUUGAAUAGGAGAAACUUGCUAGUUACUGUUGAAGUUGGUUCUCCUGUGGUCAUGCAUUCUUGGGUUAUGUCCCUGGCAUUUUAAUCUUCAGAUUGUAGUUUAGAGCAGCCACAGUCUUUCAAACAACUUUUGUGAGAAGGCUGAGACCUCUUUCAGAUUGCUACAUCUCAAUGGUUACUACAGUAGCAAACAUGGUUUUUUGUAUGCACAUCUGGUGGUGGAAGUUAAUGUAGAAUGUGGUGGCUGAGGUUUGCUGACAAAGUCAGCUUCUAUGACUCCAUUCCUCUACAUGCCAAAACUUAAGAUUUGAUUUACUGUAUCUCCCAUUUCUGUCCUCCAAUGUUUUCUGUUGCAUUUGCUUGGAGUACCAUUCUCCCCCAACAGCUUCGUGGGCCUUUCCUGUCUCUUGCAUUCACCUAUCAUUUUGUGUCAAAUUUCAUUUCCAUAAUUGUGUUGAAAUCAGCGAUGCCUUAUACAGACAACUACCGGUAAGUGUGGCAAUUGGCAAGACAACUAUAAAGAAGUUGACACACUGGGACCUGCAUGCAUUAUGAACUGCUAUCUACUUUUUCUUGCACUGCCAAAGAAAUAAUCUUUGUGUGACUGUGCUUUCUAUGAACCAAAAGCUCACAGCAAAAGUAUGUAGGAUGAAGUACUGAAACUUCUGCUAUCAGAAUUUUACCAGAAUUGUAGGUCAGGGGUCACCAACCUAAGGCCUAUGGGCCAGAAGCAGCCCGUGGAGGUCGUUUGACUGGUCCAUGAGCCGCCCCUGAACUAAGUUGCCCACUCGCGCGCUGUGAUAAACCAGUGUGGCAUGGGGACUCGCUUCCGCGGCGCCGGAAAUCGCAUCUGCGUACUCGCAGACUCCAAAAAUCACAUCUGUGCAGAACUAAAAAUCACAGGCGCGCGUGGAAGAUCCGGCCCACAGAGGGAUCUGCACAGGAAGAUAAACCUUGCUGACCCCUGUUGUAGGUGGACUGGGUAUUUAAUGAGUAGGGAUGAUACCAGAACCCUUUUGCUGGUUUUGUAGUAUCUUAACUUUUUUUUUUUUUUGCUUUAUGAUAAUAUUCUUUAUUAAAAUGCAAGGAAGAUAAGAAAUCCAAAUACUUCCUAUUUUAAGUCUCAUUUCUGUGAAGUGUAGGAAUGUGGGAAGCUGCUUUAUAUCAAGUCAGAUCCUUAAUCCAGCUGGCUUAGUAUUGUUGACAGUGACUGGCAGCCAUUCUCCAGAGUUUCAGACAGGAGCCCUUCCCAGUCCUAUCUGAAGACACGAGGGAUUGAACUUGGAAGCUUUUGCAUGCAAUGUUAGUUCCCCUGCUGCAAACCUAACCACAGUCACUUUGAUGGAGUGCAUACUGCCAAAUAAUCACAUAGCUUAAAGUAAGCUAGUAUUUUUGGCUAGCUUCUAUUUUUAAUUUUUAGUAAUGGUUUAACAAAUCUAAUUCAUCUCAAAUAUCGGGGGGAGGUGGGGAAGAAAGGAGCAUUGACUUCCAUAAUUGAAUGUUGUUGUGCUUUGUCCAGAUGUCUAAUGGAACUUAGAAGACGUGGGUUGACUGUAUCUGGACAUCUUGUGAUCUCUCUUUCUCUCCCCCCACUUCUCUUUCUGAAAGACUGUUGCAGAAUAGCUUUUGCACAUAAAUUCGUUAACAAAAUUCACUGUUACAGUUUUAUUGUGUGAUACUUAUCCAUCCAUCCAGGGGUCUGCCUACUUUUUACAUAUCCAGAAACUGUAGAAAGUACACUUGUAGAGGAUGGAGAAAAAUGAAAAAUAAUCAAAGCAGAGAUGUAGAAAUUUUCUGACUACAGACACCUAUACUGCAGUUAUAUCAUGUUCUAUUGUUGCUCUGGUUUUAAAAGUUUCACACAUUGCCAAUUGAUCUGUUUAAACAUAUCAUAUUUCUACUAGAGAUAAAUUUGAUUUGUGAUGAGAAAAAAAGUUGUGUUUAUAAAACUGGAAUAUACAAAAUGGAAUAAUUGAACUUGAAAUAAAUUUUGAUGAACUAUUGCUAGCUUGGCAGGGAAACUAGAUGUUACUGCAGCUAACAUUUGUGUCAGAACCCAUGUAACUUAUUUCCCUGUUUAAAAAUGUAGGGGUGUUGAAAGUAAAGCAUGGGUGGGGGAAUAGUGCUGAAACUUCCACUCAUGUUUUGUUCUCCAUGCUCACAGUAUGGUUCUUUGAAGAGAACUAACACCCACCUGUAGGGGAAGAAGCAAUUUUUUUAGGGGGGGGAGUAUAUAUGUUGAAAGGGUUCAGGACAUCCUCUUUCUGUUUGCAUGCUUGCUUGUUUUAAAUUGUACACUUCUUCACUCUAGGAAAUUAAUACAACCCACUUUAUGAUGCAUACUUUUGCCAUCAUAAUCCCCUUAUAAAGGUGCAUAUCCACUUUAAAUCCAUAGCUACAUUGUUAAGUUCUUCGUUUGUGAUGCAGUUAAUCACGGUCAACAUUUCAAUAUGAAAUAAUAAUUCUAUGGGGUUUCCUAAUUGUGUUUUUAGCCGUAUGAGUAACAACUUUACUGUACCUUGUUAAAGGUUCCUCCUUGUGAUAUCAGCUAGUAUUAAGAUUAGGUGUCCUAAAAGUAAGAUGCCUCUUUCAUAUUAGGGGUAAGAACCAGAAAAUCUGACCUGCAAAAGUUGAUAGUCCAUGCCUGAGAAAUUUUUUGGAUUGCAUUUUUCAAGACCUGUUCUUUCUCUUCAUUAAUUUAAUUUCAGAACUGUAAUUAAAUUGUAACUAUAUCUCUUCAGUUCUAUAGAGUUGAGGUUGUUUCUCAACGUUUGAUUGACUCUUUGUAGUUCUUUUGCAUGCACCACACUGCACAAUUCAGUAGUUCUGUUAUUAUGGCAUUUUGUAGCAUGGAGUGAAGCAUAUUGAAGAGAAAGGAAUUCAUAAAAAGAUGAGCUGUGUUUGAAUAGAAUGUUGGGAUGAAGUGGAAGUCCUACAUUCUCUCAUUACCACACUGGAAGGCAUUGCUGUGGAUUCUGAUUUCACAAAAAGCCUGACUCUUGAUGUACAUUUAGCUACUGAUAUCAGCAAAUACUAUUGAAUGGGACACAGAACACCUGUUAAAACAUUUCUCUUUUUUAGCCGGCCCUCUGUUUUUCUCAUAUAGUAUUUAGAAACUUCUGCUAAGUGGUGGCAGUCUAGACUUCUGUUUGGUAUUCCCACACAGAUUAUAUUCUUAAUUGUGGUGAGAAAUACCUUUUGUUUUCAGUUGCAUUUUUACACUUUUCUGCAGUUUUGCAGAAAAUGGGACAAUUCACUUAAACUUGAAGGCAACUAUCUUUCCAUUAUCGCUGUAAAACAGAUAACAUGCGGUUCAUUAAGGCUUCACCGUGAGAACUGUGCUUAGUUUCCAAGCAUAGUGAAAAGCUCAUUUGCUGAACCUCAUUUCUUUGGAUGCUCCCAAGUUCUGAAAAUUCAUAGUGGUCAUUUAUGGUUAGAUGUUUGCCUUUAGGACUUCAUCUGUCUGGGAAGCAAUAGUAUGAAGACCAGUGUGCUGCUACUGUCUAUGAAGAUGUCAUUGGGAGACAUUUUAAGCUUUAGUCUGCAGAUUAAAAAUUGUUGCCUAAUCUGUGGGGUUGACACUAAGCAAAAACUCGGGGAUUCAGGAUUCUGGAAGGUCUGUCACCUUUCUAGCUGCACAGAAAUGCUUGCUUCCUCAUCCCUGAAUCACAUUUAACUGUGCUCGUUUGUAAUCUAUGUAUAUACAGUUUGUAAAAUCUGGACCGUCCACAGUACUGAUGGAAUUUGAAUUUAUUCCUUUGUGAAGUGAUUGUAGUUGGGAAUAUUCUAUACAUUAGAUUACUAAAUUGAUAUUUUUCUAAUGGGUGUUUACUUCAAAAGUUAAUAGAUAGAUUGAUAGAAGUGAUCUCAUGUUGCCUGAAUACCCUCGAAGGCAUUUAUGAAAUAUAAUGUACACAUUUAUUUAAAUUCAAUUAAAAGCCAGGUUAUCAAAAUAUUGUUUUUAUUACUAAAGUGAAGGAUGUAAAUUAAGUUUAUAGUAUUGUGUCAUUUGCAUAAAUUAUUCCCUUUUGCGGAUAUUGAGCUACUUUGGUGCAAGAAUUGAGUUUUUAGCAUAGAAUCAAAGAACCUGGCCCUAAUCCAAGGAAAUUUAGUGACACUUGUAAGUCUCAGUAGGUCAACCUAGCAAUGACUCAUCUCUUAUUUUUCAUGUUGGCUAAUUGGGAAAAGAAUAAUUAUUAUAGAAGAAGACUAAAUAUAACCAAAUGUAGAAUAGAUAGCUGAAGCAGCCAACACACACUGAUAUACACUUUCUCAGCUAAAGGACAUUCAAUUAUGCUUACCAGUAACUGUGAACCAGAUGUGGUUAAAGCUGGUAAAUACCUGGGGGUGGGUGAUUGCAUUGUGUGAUUAGCUGACUUUGUGUUUCCAAGAGAAAUUAUCUAGUGCUAGGGAAGGAGAGGGAGACUAAGAUAAUGAGUAUAAUGUCAACAAAGAAUUAUCUGAAGACAUUGGAAGGACACUUCUCGCAUGGAGGCUGAAUUAAUAACAAGCUUAAGUCAUGACAGUGUAAUAGAAAAAUAAAUUGGAUCAUAAAGUCAUAUUGUGUGGAAGCUACUUAACUGCAUUCACAUGUGUGAUUAGGUGUUGGAAAGUUGGCAGCAAUUUGCUGCUUGUGCAUGUACUCUUAUUCCUAAGAAGUAUACAGAAUAGAUAAUAACUUCAGCAGAUAAUGCAUUUUAGUCAGACUUUCUUAUACAAUGGUCCACCAGUGGGGUUCUGCUGUUGUGCAGGAAUUUCUGUUUCCUAUGCUCCCCCUGUGUGCCCCUAAUAUCUCCUCAGCUGAUUUUGAGAGCAUGUGGGAACUGAAGUUCUGUUGCGUGCAUGGGAGUCUGUUGUGCCAGUGGAGCUGCUGCAUUGGAAUAUGGCCCACAUAAUUUUUUUUAUUUUUUAUUUACUAUGGACAUGGUUUUGGCUAGAGAUUUCUGUAGACAGUUUAUCCAAAAGUUUAAAAUCUACAAGGCAUAGUACAGGUAGGAAAAGGAGAAUGUAAAAUUUCAUUGAAGGAAAUUUAUUAGAAUGGGUGCAUUUUAGUAGCUUUUUAAAACAAUGGAAAAGUAUAAACAGCAGAUAUCUACUGAGCACAGAAAGUACAUGGUAUAAAUGGUUCUGUAAGUAACUUGAUGAUAAAUUUAAAAGAAAAUGGAUUGACCAGUGUCUUAUAAAGCUAUAAUUAAUCUGUACACUCCAACCUUUUGGGGCUGAUGAACACAUCUGGAAUUUUGAAGUGCUGUGGGCACCAGUCAGAAAUGGCAGCUGUGAGUGCAUGGUACAACACAAAAUGGCUGCCACAUCUAAAAGAGUAGGAAAAGAGAUAGGAUCACAAAAAGUGGGCUUACUCCCAUCAGCCCCCUCCAAAUCAGCCACUUUGCUUUCAUGCAUUUCCUUUUCAUUGGGAUGGUUUUCGUUGCUGCCUCCUGUAUGAUGUUACGAGCCUCCAUCCAUAGUUCUUAAGGCACUCUGUCCACCAAAUCUAAAUCCUUAAACCUGUUCCUCACUUCCACUGUGUAUUCAUAAGGGAUUUGAUUUAGAUUGUAUCUUACCAGCCCAGUGGUUUUUCCUACUUUCUUCAGUUUAAGCUUGAAUUUUGCUAUAAGAAGCUGAUGAUCUGAGCCACAGUCAGCUCCAGGUCUUGUUUUUGCUGACUGUAUAGAGCUUCUCCAUCUUUGGCUGCAGAGAAUAUAAUCAGUCUGAUUUCGAUGCUGCCCAUCUGGUGAUAUCCGUGUGUAGAGUCGUCUCUUGUGUUGUUGGAAAAGAGUGUUUGUGAUGACCGGUUUGUUCUCUUGGCAGAACUCUAUUAGCCUUUGCCCUGCUUCGUUUUGAACUCUUCAUUUAAUUCUGACAUCUGCCUGGUUUUCUCUCCCUUCCCAACAAUCACUGUAAUCUGUGGGCGCUGACCACCCUUAGCCCUAGCUGAGGUUGACGUGAAUUCAGCUGUUUCUCGCGCAGGAUCUAGUAACUUCUUUCCUGAGGAGUUUCUGCUAUAGGAUGCUUUGCCUCUACAAACAUAAUUAUCAACACUAGCUUGCUAGGAUCUUAAAAUUUGAUACCUUAACACAGGAAGCUUAUCUCAGUCUCUUUUUCUCUGUAGUUGUGGUAAAUACGUCAUACUUUCUCUUGAUUAGUUUUGAAAGGUUAAUAUCCUGGCAUGCUAUCUUGAAAGCUUCAAGAAUAUUCAAAGCUAUUGAAUAUUGAUGGUCCAAGUUUACAUAUUCAGUGCAGGCUAUUCUCUUGGGCCAAGCCAGAUAGGACCUCAAGUGCUUCUUUAUAUUUAAUGUGCAGGUUUUUAAAAGCACAAAUAGCAUUAGUUGAAGGGGUAAUAAUUAUUGUGUUUACAGCAAGCUGAUAGGGGGAAUUUAACUCUUUAUUCCCUUGCUGUGUGCCUGAGAAAGUCCAUUAUCUGAAGCUGGUAUUUGCAUGGCCAGAAAAUCCCCCCAUUGCUGCUAAAAUGAGGGAUUUUCCUGAGGAUUUCAGCAGGGGAAGAAUGGGUUAAAUCAUUCCUCCCAGCUGCUGUAAUCUCAAUAAUUACCAACUCCCCCCACCUGACAAUAGCAUUUCUAAAAACCUGCCUAUUAAAUGCAAAUCCAAUAUUAAAGUCAAGCAAUAAACUCUCUGUUCUAAGUAUAAUGCCUUAAUUAUUGUUGUCUUCAAACUUGGAAAGAUAGCUAAAUGCCUCUCUGAAUUUUUGUGGUGAUUUAAAUAGUAUGACAGCCCCUUUAAUGUGGUAAUGCCUCUAUUUCUCCCUUACAGACCUGUGUGGAAGCAGUAGCACAAAUAUUUCUAAAUGAAUAAUCGAAAGGAAGACAUGGAAAUUGCCUCCCAUUAUCGUCAUCUCCUUCAAGAACUCAAUGAACAAAGACAGCAUGGCAUCCUCUGUGAUGUUUGCAUUAUAGUGGAGGGAAAGAUUUUCAAGGCUCACAAAAACAUUUUACUUGGGAGCAGUCGCUACUUCAAGACACUGUACUGCCAGGUGCAGAAGACUUCUGACCAGGCAACGGUCACUCAUUUAGAUAUUGUAACAGCCCAGGGGUUUAAAGCAAUCAUUGACUUCAUGUACUCUGCACACCUUGCAUUGACCAGCAGGAAUGUUAUUGAGGUGAUGUCAGCUGCUAGCUAUCUCCAGAUGACUGAUAUUGUUCAAGCUUGUCACAAUUUCAUAAAGGCUGCUCUUGACAUAAGCAUUAAGUCUGAUGCAUCAGAUGAUUUUAUUGAUUAUGAACUUGGAGCAACCUCCAGCAGUAGUACAGAUGCUUUGAUUUCAGCAGUGGUGGCUGGUAGGAGCAUAUCUCCCUGGCUAGCUCGGCGGACAAGUCCUGCAAACUCCUCUGGUGAUUCAGCCAUUGCUAGUUGUCAUGAAGGAGGAAGCACAUAUGGAAAAGAGGAUCAAGAACAAAAAAUGGAUAGUCAUGAUGACAUUUCAUCCCAAUCUCUGUGGUCUAGUGAUAUGGGGUAUGGAUCCUUGCGUAUCAAAGAGGAACAGAGCUCUCCAUCUCAUUAUGGAGGAAAUGAGUUGCAGUCUGCCAAAGAUAGUACAAUGCAGAAUACUUUUUCAGAACAAGGCGCUGCAGAUGGAUGGCAGCCUACUGGGCGCAGAAAGAACAGAAAAAACAAAGAUACUGUGCGCCAUAUUACACAGCAACUGGGAGAUGACAGCAGAACAAGCUCUCCAGUACCACCUUUUCUAUCUGCCCAAGGAUGGCCAUACAGUAGUCGUGAAACAAGUAAGAUUUUUUUUUUCCUGUCUCUGUAGAAUCAUAUCAUGUAAUAUGUAUAAUCAUUCAUGUGAAUGCAUAAUCAUUUGUGGCAUACUAGUUAAAAGGCCAUAAACUUUAAUGGUUCGAUUACUUGUAUAGUAGUGUAAAGGAUAUGUCUUGCUUUUCACUUGAGAUCCAGCUCCGAGGGCCUUCUGGCAGUUCCCUCAUUGCAAGAAGUGAGAGUACAGGGAACCAGACAGGGGGCCUUCUCGGUAGCCGCACCCGCCCUGUGGAAUGCUCUCCCAUCAGAUGCUAAGUAAAUAACAACUAUUUUACUUUUAGAAGACAUCUGAAGGCAGCCCCUCCCAAGCUGCUAUAUAUCUCAAUGCCAGUAACUGAAUUUAUUAAUGAAAACUUGUGAAAAAUAAUUAUAUUAGGCCUUAAAUAGGUAAAUUAACAAGAGAAACACAAAUAUUUCUGUACCAGAAAAAAAAGCUUUUAAAAGCUGCAUAACAUGUUCUCAGAAGUAGCAGUGGUACGAAGUAUCUUUGAAAAUGGAAAUCCAUUUAUGUAAAAUAACGAACACAUUUCCUGUUAUAUAAUAGUCAACAUCUCAGUUUCUUGAAGAUUUUAUUCAAAUUCUGUGUAUUGUACUUGUGUCUUUUUAUGCAGCAGUGCCAUCUUGGGAAACUUUCAAGCUUAAAAAUGUUGUUUCAUAUACAACGUGAAGCAUAACCAUGUAAAUUAUGUGUUACAUGUUUUCCUGUGGCUUUACACUGGCUCUUAGAAAAUAAAAUGAUUACUUACCGGAAUGCUUUCUUCCAGUCUGAAUUUUGAAGAAGGUAGAUGUAACCCCUUUGGUAACUGUCCAGGGUUGUGUGUAGGGCCUCCAUUACUGCCCAAAUCAGUCACAUCAAAGCACGGCAUACCUACAGUGGAAUUACUGACUGUGUUGUCAGUUAACCUUGGAAUAUCAGCUCAGUUCAAAUUUUAGGUCUCUGUCAGCCUCCUUCAGUCUUGGUGGUUGACGAAAAACAGCCAGUCAGCUGCAGCAGUUUACAUUAAGGAAGUACAGUAUGAGACUGUUUCCAAGCUCAGUGUGUAUUAGCUUUUAGUCCAUCACUGCAACCAGAUGUAAGGCAAGCCUAUGUGGUAGCAUGCUAUAAACUAAUUCACACUGAGCAUUGCACACACCAGCAGUUGACAGACGACUACCUGCAUACGUACUUUUGGGGCUAGAACUCUGUGUUGUAUAAUGACAGUCUGCACUGUAAGUGGUGCAAUAUAUGGAGCACCAGUUAAAGAUUCAAUAAAAAAUCCUACCAUUUUGCAGUUUUGAUCCUGUUUGAAUAGAUUUCAUACAGAUUAAUCUAAAAGCCACAGAAGGGUUAUCUCUUAAUUAGGAUGAACCACAAUUUCAUAAAAUGUGGGUGAUAGACUCCCACAGUGACGUUACUGCUAUUUCCCUCUCAUACAGUUCUUACCCAAAUAGUCUCAACCUACCUUUCAUGCUUCAGAUCAUGGCUUUCCUCACUGGUGUACACAUCUUUUACAUAUAAUGCUCCUCCUCCUUGAGGAGAUUUCACCCCUCCCAUAUCCAAGAAUCUCCUGAGGAGUCUGCUGAUUCUCCAGAGAGGAGGAGGCGUGUUCUGCUCUCUACUUAUUCUGCUCCAGCACCAGAGUCAGUCAGUCAGUCAGUCAGUGUCGGAGAGAGAGAGAGAGAGAGAGACUGAGUGUUAGAGAUCGUGUGUAGAGAUAAGGUUGCUGCUAAGAGCAGCUGCAGACACUCAGUGCAGUGCAGCAUUCAUUUAUGCUUAGACCUAUUUAGCUCUGUAUAUAGUUGUAUAAUAGUUGUAGAUAGAAUAAAGAAGAUAUUCUACAGAGCUGCUCUCCGAGUUGUUUAUAUGCUCUGCUAGACUCUUCUGUACUCUGCUGUGCGACGACUGUCUUCUUGUGGGAGUGAAUCCGGUGCUCACAACUCUAAGCUGUGAGUCCACAGCACUUUGACCUGUUCCUGUGCACAAGGUGGUCUCUGGAAGUGCUACCCAGCUCGCCUAGCCCAGUCGGGGCUGAAGUGGAUGAGUCCAGUUGGUGGCACUGGCUCAAGGGCGAUGCUGACACUCCUCUCUUCCUGUUUGGUCUAUUGCUUUUGAAUAGGUUAUGCCCCUCAAUUACUGCUUUCCCAGUCAUGAGUCUCAUUCCACCACGUUUCAACAAUGCCUUUUAUAUCAUUUUUACCAUCCUGUAUUAAGAGCUCAAGUUCAUCUUAUUUCUCGUGCUCUGUGCAUUAGUAUAGAGACAACUGAACAUCAUUCUUGGGGAUAUAUGAGUAAGGAUAAUGUUAGUUGCUGUUAUUGUUGUUACUUCUCCGUGAUUAUUUUAACUGGCCUAUAUUUUUUAAUUUGUUUUUUAUUGGUGGGUACCUUUGGUGGUUCUACCUUUGUUAUAUCAGUUUAGAUUGGUGCUUUAUUAUGGUGUAAGCUUCCUUCAAGGAGCUGGGCCCCAAAAGGCAACCAUAUAAAAAUAUAUACAUAAAUUAAGAAGCACGGAAAAAUACAUUGUUUUCAUUGGUCUCCUUAACAAAAUUUGUAAGCCAAUGCAUAGUGCAGAUUUUCUUCAUAUCAGUAGUUGAGAAUCAAAUGAAGGAUUUAGCUGGCUUAUUUUUAAUCUUUUCAGUCUGCUUUUCAGUGCUAAUAUAGGCAGAAAACUAUCUUUCUAAAUUAUUGAUAUGCAUGAAAACAAGGAUUUUUUUGAAUUGCUGAAAGAGUAGCAUUAUUAUUUUUUUCCUAUUGGGUCAUUCACAUAUAUUAGGGAUAUAGUUUUAUAGGAUUAAGUAAAUACAAAACCACUGGGCUGUAGGAUUUUGUGGUAUUAAAGUCUGGCACUGUAGAGGUCAAUUACCUUCACAGGAAGAAUGGGAACAGUUGAAAUCUGAAGAAGUGUGCAUGCACACAAAAGCUUAUACCCAGAACAAACUUAGUUGGUCUCUAAGGUGCUACUGGACAAUUUUUUAUUUAUUUCAACUGCGUCAGACCAAAACAGCUACCUACCUGAAAGUUUAAAUAUAGUUGUGUGUUAACUAUUCUGCUUUUUUCUGGCAUGUUCCUUUCUUUCCUUUCCUUUGAAUACUCAAACAUUACCUAAUCUAUGUAUUAUUAAAAAGAAAGUAGAUUGCUUUGGUAAUUGACAUCUACAAACACUCCCACCUGCACCUUUUUUGAAAUGUUUUUGUAUCUAUAAGCUUUUGCAAUGUUGAUUUUCAGAUGACAUUAGAUGGUAUCUGACUAAGUCAUCACAGGAGCAGAUCUACUGAAAUCAGAGGACGUCACUUGAUUUCAAUGCCCUGUUCAGCAUGUGACUUAGUUAAACAUCACCCAGGAAGUCUGUGAUUGUUAAUCCACGAAAAGGAAGACCCUGCUUUGGUGUGCCCAUAGAUGGAAGUUCAUAUACACGCUGUGUUCCUAGCUGGGCUUCCUGGGCAGAUUUUAAUGUGGAUGCAGAUGUUCCUUUUGAGCAGGGAUUGUGGUUUUACUUUGUUGUCCUGUCACACUGGUAGUAUUCAAGGAAGAGUAAUGUGAACUGGGCUCUAAAGGAAACAAAAAUGUAGUAGAACUAGUCAGGACAGAAAACAUACUUUAUUUCAGAUAAUAAGGUUUAUUGAAGUAAACAUUUUGUUAGUUUAUUUUUAAAAAUCAAGCCCUGCACAGGACUGUAUUUUAGUAUAAUGCAGUUGGCUAAUUCUUACCACACAAACAGAAUGCUCCUCUGAAUGCCCUUGUCAUAUGGAUGAUACAUUGGUGAUAUUAUCAAGGGAACAUUCUUGGGGCUGAUUCGGAUGUUAUUUAAAGGUUUAUUAACCCACUACAUGGCUGUCCCUUCCACAUACCGAGCCAAAUGUGCAAAGCAACAUUCUGCCUCCCUCCACUCUGCUGCACACAUAGGCCAGAGUGAAAUCUCUUGUAUAUUACACUAUUCUCUUUUUAGUUUAGUUUAAGUUUAUAUUGCAGUAUUAAUUUUUGUUUUUAAUUUGAUGGCACUAAGCAGAAAUAUAAUUUUCAGAAUGGCCCAUCUUAAAAAGAGAGCUUUAUUUUAAGGUUAUUAAAUCUGAGUUUCCAGUUAAUAACUGCCCUGACUCCUUACAGUACCAGAUGGAGGAGGGUUUUCAAUUCGUAUUCCUGCCAUGUCUCAGGUACAGCUCCCACAAUUUAAUUAAGUUUUUCAUUUAUCUGAGUCAACUUCUAUCAGCAUUGUAUCAUAGUUCAUGGACUUGCCCUUCUUCAUAUUGCAGCGGUAAAUUUAAUCUUGGACAGUACAGUUCUUGGUUCAUCAGCUCCAUGAUGUGGGUGUGGAAGAAGAAUGCUGAGGCAGGAUAACUAAAAACAUUUUUUCUGCCCAACCACCAUGAUAGGUUGCUGUUUACUAUGUACUUGAAAACUGUUUGCCUUCUACCUGCUAAGAAAGGAGGUUGGGAGAAUAGUAGUGGGGUGGUUCAGGGAUUAUUGAAUGAAACUGAUUUCUUAGAUCUGGAAUGUGAAAUCUCAGGCCUAGAGGCCUCUCUGUUUUGCCCUCAGGAUUCUCCUUAGGCUAUGCCCCUCUAUAGGCCACACUUUGAUUGAGUGCUUUUGUCUGGUUCAGUGUGUUUGUGAACUGUGAUAAUGCCUCUUGGAUACCUGGGAGGAGGGUGGAUAUGUGGUAUAUGUGUAUGUGUAGAAGCCUCAAACUUUUGCAUAGCUGGAAUGGAAUCUCUUGUAAAAAGGUAGGAUUCUCAUCCAUUGCUCAGCCCAUUUUUGCAUCUGAUCCUGCCUACCACUGCUAUGUGGAUCUUAGAAGGUAGGCCAUGAGAGCAUAUGGAUCUUGGGCUGAACGAGGUUCUGCUUCCCUAACCUAGAUCCUUUAAAAAAUCUGGGUCUGGAUUCAGUUAGCCUGGCGCACUCGUGGCAACCAGUACAAGGACUCCUGCUAGUGCAAGGGGGGCUCUCCCCCCCCCCCAUUACGCCACCACAGCUCCCCCAAAUCCUUUCUGGAUGGUUAGGAGACUCAGAACUGUGCUUGGAGGGAGGAGCAGAAUUGUUCCAUUUGGCAAGUAGAAAUGCAUUAAUUAACAGAACAAUCAGAAGACCAUGAUGUGAUGUUGGAGUCCUCCCCUGUUUCCCAGCCUGGUUCUAGGGCUGAGGUGGCCUUGCUUUCCUGCUGAAUGACUGUCACCUCUUGGAACCAGAGCAGGCAAGAGUUUUGUUAGACCUCAGUGACUUUUGGUAAUAUUGAAUAUGAUGUUAUUCUGGUCUGUGUGAUAGAUACAGGGCUUGCCAACAAUGUUUUAUGUUGGUUCUGAUCUCUUUUUUUAGGAUACAGUGGUGGUGACAAGCUUCUUCUUGUCUCCAUGGCAUGCAGUUUGCAGGGUUCCAAUUUGUUCCAAUGCUGUUAUAAUCUACAUGAAAACACUAGGAAACUUUGUCUGGAGAUUUGAGCUGGGCAGUCAUUAGGUGUGCUGAUUACAUCCAGCUUCUUCUGCUUCUAGGAAAGAUGUUGAGAUCCUGACUCAUUUUCUAGGUGAUUGUAGGAUGAGACCUGACGAUAGAUCAUGCGACUCUUAACCUCCGGUUUUUGGGUUUGAGCCCCAAGUUGGGCAAAAGAUUCCUGCACUGGAGGGGGUUAAAUCAGAUGACCCUCAUGGUCCCUUCCAACUCUACAGUUCUAUGAUUCUAUGAAACUAAUAAAGUGAAACAUAAAUCGGAUGAGAUGGGUAUUCUGUUGGUUAGUAAACUUGAUGAUGUCAAAAUUGUCAAAAUCAGAUGACCAUGAGGGUCAUCUGAUUUAACCCCCUCCAGUGCAGGAAUCUCUUGCCCAACUUGGGGCUCAAACCCAAAAACCUGAGAUUAAGAGUCGCAUGAUCUACCAACUGAACUAUUGUCACGUCUCAUCCAGGCUCUUCUGAAUGAGAUUGUGCUGAACGAGGUGUGUGUGUAGCUUGGGAGUGCUUCCAAAUCUGACAUUACUCCUGGAUAUCUCUAAGGUGACUGUGGCCAGGAUUGUAGGCAAAGCUUUGGCUACAUCCAGAGUAUAAUCUUACAAACUCACCAUUGUACAACUUCACUGUCUCGCAGUUUGUUUCCAGGCCCAGUUCGCAGUACUAUCUUCUUUGCCCUUGAAGCUGUUUGGGGCUAAGAUAACAUUUCUAAAAGAUCACCACCUCUCAUUUGAGCCCACCCACCUUCACAGUUAUCAGGGGAGACUUGUUUUUUGUUCCUUCUAUAUCUGAUGUGUGACCAGUGGUAGGUGGCAGCACUCAAACUGCCCAGGAGUCUUGAUUAAUCUCCACUCUAUCUGCAAGGCUAAAACAAUUACCGUAUUUUUUGCACCAUAACACUCACUUUUUUCCUCCUUAAAAGUAAGGGGAAAUGUCUGUGCGUGUUACGGAGGGAAUGCCUACGGGUGGCAUGCCUACGGAUUUUCCUCCUCUAAAAACUAUGUGCGUGUUAUGGUCAGGUGCGUGUUAUAGAGUGAAAAAUACGGUAUGUGGGUGUAUAUUUUGCAUUAGAACAAUUGUGUGGGUGUACUGGUUCUUGGGGAAUCUGAUCAAUAUCUGCUCUGGUAUCUUACAACUGUUUAGAAGAUUGCUUUUGGUUUUUCUUUCAGAUUAUUUUGGUGGUGAUUUAUUUUUUCCCCCAGAGAGAAGUAGUGUAUAGAUAUUUAAAUAAAAUAAAUGAAUAGGGCAAGAUGGGUCUAAAACAAGCUUUCUGAGGCUUCACUAUAUUCCGUGCAUAGUUUGUUGAGACAUGCACACCGUUUGAAGCAUGUACUAGUCCGUUGUACAGUGGUACCUCAGGUUACAUAUGCUUCAGGUUAGAGACUCCGCUAACCCAGAAAUAGUACCUCAGGUUAAGAACUUUGCUUCAGGAUGAAAACAGGAAUUAUGCUGCGGCGGCAGCGGAAGGCACCAUUAGCUAAAGUGUUGCUUCAGGUUAAGAACAGUUUCAGGUUAAGAACAGACCUCCGGAACGAAUUAAGUACUUAACCCGAGGUACCACUGUAUUCAUAAUGUUGUGAAGUUGCAAUAUGCUGUUGGAAUAAUUGCAACUGAGCAAGUAUAAAGGAGGCAUUAAGGUUCUGUUUGUCCGUAAUGAUAUUGCACUAUUGAGUGUGGUAUAGAGUGUCUUCAGCAGCAGCCACAUUUCCCCAGAUGUUACUGCUACUAUUUUAACAGCAAGAGAGUUUAUUUUGCAAAAUGAGUGCAUAACUUUGCAAAAGUGUGUACUGCACAAAUAUAGCAACAGUUGUAUUAUAGCAUCAGAUGAAGGUAUCAAAAAACUGGGGAAAAGACAAAGUAAUCUCAGCUCCUUCAUUUUAAGCAGGCUUAUUGAUUCUGAUGCUGUGGAAUGAUGGAUGGAGGAAGUGCUACAAAUGUACAUAUGGCUGAGAGGACUCUAUUGUGAUAUGUUUACUAAUGUUGGGUUUUUCUUCCACUUAGGUGUGGAUCUGACAGGGGCAGAAUCCAGCAACUCUGACAGCCGAAUAGAGAGAGUGGACCUUUAUGCAAAUGUCGAGGAAGCACUCCUAGGAGGUGAAGCUGGUUAUCUCUCUCAGCCUCUUACUCCAGAGAAGGAAGAUGCGCUCCAGGCUGUAGCAGUUGCUAAUCUGCGGGCAGCCCUUAUGAGCAAAAACAGCUUGUUGUCCCUGAAAGCUGACAUGCUGGGAGAGGAAAGUUCUCUGCUGUUCGAAUACUUACCCAAAGGCACACAUUCACUGUCUUGUAAGUUGCUGUUCCUUUGUACACUACUUAAAAGUUAAAAGCAUUCAUAAAGGAGUUAUUUAAAAAAAACAGUUCUAGUCACUCUUAUUUUAUAUCCUUGUAUGGUGCAUCCCAAAGUAAUGCAAACUCAAUUAUUUUGAGUGCUAUGCAUGUAGAGUCUUAACAAGGUGAUACUUGGGCCUAGCUCCCACAAACAGCAGAUAAGUGGAAAACCUAUGUCUUAAUUAUACCAUUUCAUAUUGCAGAUGAUGGGCUUGCACAGUUAAGUGUUGCUCCAUACAGAAAAAUACCCUGCGUGUAGAAGAGUUAUAGCCUUGCCUUCCUCCUGAAAUAUUAGCUUUCUAUUCUUAGGUAUCUUUUUCAUGUGAGGCAGAGUAAUUCAGUCAUGCAAGAUUGUGAUCUGAAAAGGUAGCUAGACACAGGUUUUUACUAUGUUACCAGCAGAUUUAUGACAGGUGGCCCUUGGUCUGUCGAAAGUUGCUGGUCAGAUAGUGGCAUUUGUAAGUAGAUUAUAAUUGGAAUCUGUUCCCUAUCAGCCUCAUGAAGGGUAAUCUGAAAUUGACAAGCAUAUAUACACAUGAUUUGUAGAGGGGUGAGGUGAGAGGAAAGUGAAAUGCAAGAAGAAGAAAUAGAAAGCAGAACAGUUGAAAGCAGAACCUGAAAGCAAAACAGACAAUAAGGCAACAUUGGUGAAGAAUUGGUAAGCUAAUUCACACAUCCCACUGGAGUUUUCUUUAGCUCCCUUGUUGAAGUAUGGCCCCCUUAAGAUCACUUAGAGUGCUCUGAUUGAUUGAAAUCUAUUAAAUUUGGGGUAUUAACAUUCUGAACACAGUUAUGUCCACUUAUUUGUUUUGUGUAGCCACUGAUCUACAUAGAAUGCAGAAGGGCAGUGCUGACAACAAAUGACAUAUAUUAAAGCUUGUGCCUUAAUAAAUUUGUAGUGGUUAAGGUGCCACAAGACUGUUUGUUUUUACUUAAUAAUGUGAAUCCAUAAUCUAGGCUAUGAAUCUAGGAUGGUUGGCAGUUUUUAUUGGUGUGUUGCUGCUCAUCUUGUUAGCCAAUCAAAUGCAUACUUGUUUACCAAGCAGAUAGGAAAAGGCAUCCCUUUUUAAAGCCUUGCUCCAUAAUACUCUUGAUAUGGGAUCAAAAACUAACAGAUGGGGCUAAAGACACAAUUAAGAUGAUUGUGUGUUCAGUAUUUCCUAAAUGACAGAAACAUAAGGUCUUAAGUAAACAUCAUUUAAUUUCUUUCACUAUGGUACAAGUUUGGAGGUGGCAAAGAAGAUAGUAUGUGUGGGCCAAAAACACAGCGUGUUUGUUAUCCAGCUAAAUCACACUCAGUCAUGAAACAACUUCACUGUAUUGAUUGUAUAGUUGUGCUCCCUGAAUUUCACUUCUACUGAAUACCAUGUUCUGCCAUUACCAGGAGGAAUGGGGAGAGAGAUGAGGUAACCUAAAUGGGAUAUCAAAUGCAACUAAGCUACUAAGCCCCCCACCAAUAUAUAUUCAGCAGGAACUGUUGCCUAGCACAAAUAGGGUAAAACUGUCAGUUUUUGUUUUGUAGCUUUGAGACUACCGUAUGGCAGGCAGAAUAACACUGUGUGAUUCGUGUCAUUUGAAGUGUUUCUCAAGUGUUUAUUGCAUUGUAGAUUCAUCGAGUAUGCUGAGCAACUUUUUAUUUGUAUUUCUCUUGCAAUCCCAACAUUUUAAAUGUUUCCUGCUGCUUUGAUAUGACCACUCAGGAACUUGAUGUGGAAAGGAUGCCAUGGCAGUGCUUUAGUUUGUGACACAAUGGAAAGCAAAAUGUAGAACUUGAACCUUUGACGUAGAAGGGAUAAAUAUAUGGGUUUCUUGAUAUUGGUGCCACAAAUAAACUAAGAAGGUAUUUGGCAGAUAUUUUUGUUUAAUAUUAGAAGAAGAAAAAGUGUUGGGUGGUUUUUAUUUUAUUGAUUCAUGGUCUCUGACGAGUACUGUUGCACUCAUGUCUUGCAUGUGGGUUUUCUAUAGACAUCUGAUUGGCCACUGUGAGCACAGACUUCUAGAAUGGAUAGAUAGGCCCUUGGCCUGAUCUAGCAGGGUUCUCUGAAUAUUCUUGAAAACAGGUAAAACUUAACGCAAUGUAGCUUUGGGUGAUAUCUUGAGUAAUGUUUGAGUUUUGCUUAUUUGCUGAAAUUUAAUAUGCUGAAAUUGUAUAUAUUUUGAUAAUUUAAUCCACUGGAACACAUUAAGGUUGCAAUCAUAAGUAACCAUGAGUAACUCAGUGAAACUUGCUUCCAAGUACAUAUGCAGUGAAUCCAAGCUCAUCUGGAGCCAGUGUGGUGUAGUGGUUAAGAGUGGUAGUCUCUUAAUCUGGGGAACCGGGUUCGCGUCUCCGCUCCUCCACAUGCAGCUGCUGGGUGACCUUGGGCCAGUCACACUUCUUUGAAGUCUCUCAGCCCCACUCACCUCACAGAGUGUUUGUUGUGGGGGAGGAAGGGAAAGGAGAGUGUUAGCCGCUUUGAGACUCCUGAAGGGGAGUGAAAGGCGGGAUAUCAAGUCCAAACUCUUCUUCUUCUUCUUGUAUUUUUUAGAUUUAUUUUUAUUUGUGUAUUUUAUUGAAACAUUCCAAAACUUUGAAACAGUAAAUUAACACCUCCACUACCCAAAAACCUGAUUUUUUUUAAACGUCUCUUGUAAGAGGGCAAAAGAAAAGAGGCUUUGAACUAUUUCAAAAAUACUUUUCUAUUUAUCAGUUGAGGUAGUCUUUGGAGACUCCUCUCCAGAUGCGUCCAUCAAUUGAGGUACAGUGAGUGACGAACAGGGAGAGCCUUCUCAGGGAUAGCGCCUUGAUGGAAUGAGACUUAACUUGCACCUACGCUUUUUUGGUGUCAGUUUAAUUUCCCAGGCUUUAAAAACUAUUUCAUCCCUAACUAAUUUGAUCUGAUGCUGCCAUUACCUCCUGCAUUUAAUUUUGCUGUAUUGUGUAUUUUUUGUAAGUCAGAUUCUGUUUGGAAGGCAGUAUGUACAUUAAAAUAAGAUUUCCUUACCUCCUCUAGGAGGAGGUCCAACAGUUUUGGGGCUUUUGCAAACAAAAGGCUUGUAUUUAGAAUAGGUUUCUACUAACUAGGGCAAUUAAACACUUGAGGGACUUCAAAAUAUUAAACUUUAAUGGUGUCAUUGUUUUAUUUUAUAGUGGAAUCUGUGUAAUGAUAUUUAGGUAUUUAUCAAUCAUUUUAAUAAUAAUAAAAUAUCAUUGGGACUUCAUGGGAAGUCAGCAGUGGGCCCAGUAUUUGAUAACAUGACAUGAAAAAAGCAUUAUUAAAAUAAGCAAAUAAAUUAAAAGCACCAAAAUAAGUUCUUUAUAUGAGGCUGAAAGUGAAAUGUGUCAAAUUGCUUUCAAAUCAAUGCAUUUGCAAUACACUAUUCAAGAUUAAAACAUGUGGAAAUUACAUGUCUGGAAACCUUUUGAAAUAAUAUAUAUAAUCUGCUGUGAACCCAAGGAAUAGAGUGUAAGACUUGAAACUUUUGUUACUUCAUCCCUGCUGAGUGGCUUUUCAAUGGAAUGAAUAAUCUUGUAUAUAAAUUGGGUGUUUGGAUGAAUGUGGUAUGGAAACACUGUUGCUAAUCCUUUGGCUCAGAUGUGUUCUUAAACAUUUUCUCUCUUAUUAUUUAUGAUAGCUUUUUGAUAUGUCUUAAGUUUAGUACCUCAUGUUAUUUUUUAUGUCAUCUCAAGCUAUUUAUAGUAGCAACUUAUGCAUCAGGUUACAUGUACAUUUGACCUUAGGUUUUAUAAAUCAAGUGACAGUCAAUGCAUAAAAACCUUCAAAAGCUAAAGAAAAAUGUUUGUGUUGUGGUCAUUUUUCAAAAGUACUUUUUAUAGAACAUGUUUCUUGCUAUACAUUAAUUUUAACAAGAUUUAAAACAUAUAUAUUCUGUUGCUCUGAUACUGCUAUUUCAUUCUAUGCCUUCAAUAGGAUUGUGUUUCUUUCUUGCUUUUGCAGUUCAGGAUAAAAGUUCUUUAUAACCACCAUUUAUAAUCAGAAUUUAAAUAGUUUUGUGGUGUGUGUAUAAUGCUAUCUGAUAGCUUAAUCAUCACACAAUUUAUUUUGAUACAUACACAGUUUUCUAAAUACAUUAUUGGUAAGAAAAAGUUCAAUUAACUAGUUAAUCAUACCUUAGUACUGGUCUGGUAGCCUUACACAGGUUCAGAGUGUGCCUAACAUAGGUUCCUCUGUGUUACUCACCUUAUUGCUACCAUUUCAAGUCUUGAGAUUAGGCUGUUAAGUCUAGUAUUUCGUAAUAAUUAGUGUUCUAUCAUGUAUGUUUAACUUAAAUUCUGCAAAUAUUUGAAAAUAAAUUGCUACACAUACUUCACGUUUUGUGUGAAUAGUGAUGUCUUGUGUCCCCAGCAUACUGUACUACAGUGCCCUCAACACAAAAAUAUACAGUAUCUGUACCUUGUGUAUUUGAUCGUGAGAUUAUGUUUGAGGCUGUAUUUCAUUAGUGGUCCCAGAACUCUGUGAAUUAACUCAGAAAAAAUAAGACUUUUCGUACCAAAAUGCAUUAUUUUUGUGGGCUAUGUUUAAGCUGGAUGUGUGUUGUUUUUGUAUUACUUUCUCUAACAGCAACAAUGCUAGUUAUGACUAAUUUAAACAUGCUAGUCAUUAUUAGAGUCUGAUGUGUGCAUGGGUCUCCCACUGCUGGCUGCAGCAGAGCUCCAUAAAUUCCUUUUCUGAUUGCAUAAUUGCUAAUGAGAUGACUUGUUAUGACAGUAAGAACAUCCUUGUCCUUUUUAUGUUGAAAAUAUUUUUUUGAAGUUUUAAAGAAAUGGCAAUGAAUUAGUCACAUACAAAGAACGGAUCAUUGUAUCUUUUGAAAGUUGUUCUCAUUUUUGUGCUGCCUUGUGUUCUUUUUCUUGUUUUGACUUCCUUUAGUGACCAUUAUGCUGCUGUGUGAUAUAAUUCCCACCACACUUUUGGGUGGGGAGGCUAUUUAAAACAGUCAAUGGGCCUGGAAUCUCUGUGGCACUUCGUUCACUCCCACUGACAGAAGAUUAAGCUACAGCUGUUCAUUCCCUGCCUUUUGUAAAACCACCAGCUGGUGCUAGUUCAUGUGGGUGAGACUCGUUUCCUGUGUUCCUCAGGGUCUGGCACCAACUUGAAUCGUUCAAGGGGUGAAUGUGAUGGCAAAGUGGAAGCAUCAACUCCUCCUCUGCUGCCUUCAUCACACCUUGCCACUCAGAGCCCCACUAACAUCAUCCCCUCUUCUGGUGAAAUAUCACCAGAUACUGUGAAAAGAGUGAUGCCUUCAACUCAGGUAAUAUUAUAGUUAUCUGGGGGUAAUGCUAGUUUUUAAGUGUUAUAAAACUUACAACUGAAUUGUGUCAUCAUGCUCAGUUUGCUAUUCUUAAUGUAUCUUAGAAUUUGGAAUUAUUCAAAUUUGUAACAGACCUAGGCUAUUUGUAUUGUCCGUAAUGUGGUACUCUCCUUUACCUUUUCUGCUUUGUGAAAUUCUAUCAAAAUACAAAAAAUGCACAGAGUAAUUUGUUCCUUCUGUUCCAAACAGCAGUAUGUUUAUGGAGAUAUGUAAUACUAACUCUUGCAACACACUUAAUGGUUUUGAUCUUCAGAUCCCUAUAUUAUAGAAAUACUUUCCUGAACUUUUUAAAGGAAACAUAAAGGCCGGACUAGAAAAAAUACUUCAGAGUCCUAGCAACCAGAAUCAAGCAUGUACAGAAUUGAGAGCUUCCUAAGGACCAUUUAUCUACUGUUUAAAAACUUGGGCAAUAAUUAUUCUAAAUAUCAAAAAGCAUGGCAGGAAUAAUUAUUCUUCCUGUAAAUGUAUCUGGUCUUGUAAAAUAUAUCAUAUAUUAUUAUUAUUAUGAUUAUUAUUAUUAUUAUUAUUAUUAGUUAAACAACUGUUUCCCUGAUUUUAAAAAAAUGAAAGAAAACUCAUCAUCACAGACAACUUGAUGAAAGUAUUCAGUAGUAAUUACAUCUCCACCCCACCUCAACUAAAUCACCCAUUAUGUCUCAUAGGGAAGUACUGUGUAGCAUACAAGUAAUAUUAUGCAAAUAACUCAAAACUUGAAAAUAUCCAGUAAUUAAUCCUUUUAAAUUAAACAAUACUAAAAUGUAGUUAAGGGUGGGGGUGGAUAAAGGAAACUGGAGCAGAUAGUUUUGGUCGGGGAUAGUUAAACAUUUUUUUUUGGAAAUGCCAGAAUUUAACAGUUUGGUGCUAAGGAUCAAUUAAUGUUGGUAUACAAAUUGCCCUUCUGGGUCUCACUUAACAAGGUCUCUCAUAACAUAUCAUGGCCUACUUCUUGGCUUCAUAGCCUUUCCUUCAUGGUAGUGCUUCAAAAUAGAAAAGUAUAUGCUCACCUGGCACCAUCAUUCUAUAUCAUUCUAUAUUCUAGGCACCAAGCAGUUACAGUGGUGCCCCGCAAGACGAAUGCCUCGCAAGACGGAAAACCCGCUAGACGAAAGGGUUUUCCGUUUUGGAGGUGCUUCGCAAAACGAAUUUCCUAUGUGCUUGCUUCGCAAGACGAAAAUGUCUUGCGAGUUCCUGCGGGGUUUUUUUCCUUUCCCCCCCCUUUUUCCCAAGCCGCUAAACCGCUUAUCAGCUGAUGGCUAAGCCGCUUAUCAGCUGAUCGUUAAGCCGCUUAUCAGCUGAUCUUUAAGCCGCGUAACAGCUGAUCGCUAAGCCGCUUAUCAGCUGAUCCGCUAAGCCCGCUAAGCCACUAAUACUGUAGCGCUAAUCCGCUAAACCGCUAAUGGGCUUGCUUCGCAAGACGAAAAAACCCGCAAGACGAAGAGACUUGCGGAAUGGAUUCUUUUCGUCUUGCGAGGCACCACGGUACUUUCCUCUUUAACCAGGUCUUUAGCCUCUACAGUCAUACCUCGGGAUGAAUACGCUUCGGGUUAGGCAAAUUCGGGUUGCGCUCCGCGGCGACCCAGAAGUAACGGAGCGCGUUACUUCUGGGUUUCGCCCCGCACGCAUGCGCAGACCGUCAAAAUGAUGUAACGCGCAUGCGCAGAAGCGCCGAAAUGUGACACGCGCAGACGCGCAGACAUGGGUUACAUUCGCUUCGAGAUGCUCCGGAACGGAUCCCGUUCGCAUCCUGAGGUACCACUGUAACUAUCUUUGGCCUCUUAGGGUGGGUGGGGUGUUUUAAAUGUAUUUUAAAUGUCUUAAUGCUUUUUUGUGCAUCUAAGUGGGUUUUUGUUUGUAAAUUGCUUUGAGUUACCUUUGGCAAGAAAAAGCAACCAAUAAAUUUAAUAAAUAAUGAUGAUGACGAUGACAUGGCAUACCUGUGAAGCUCUCAUUUCUGUACAGAAUCUACUGAACACAGAUUUUUUGAGAUCACAAAAUGAACAAAUAUACAGAUACUUAACAGUUCUUAUUAGCGGUUUGGGUAUAUAUUGGUUAUAUAUUUUGAGCAUACUUUUAGGUAUGAACUGAAACAUUGAUUUGAGUAACUAAAUAUUUGUAAUGAAGAUUUGCGGAAGGAGCAAAAUUACAGCGAGUUUUAGUAAUUUACAGGUGUUAAAGUACUUGAUGUUCCCUGUGUGAUCAUUAACAUGAUUGCACUUUUCUUUUGCAGGUCACCUAUGAUGGAUUUCUAACACUGUGGCAGUUAGAUAGUUCUGAAACAGGUAAAUGGAAAGAAGGAAGACUGUAUAUUAAUGAUUCAAAGUAUAAAAUUUAAAAUUUAAUUUUUUGCAUUUCCUUUUUUUUAGAUAUAAAUGCAUCACAAUCUGAAGAUGUGGACUUAGUCCACGAGGGUUUGUUCUUGGAUUCUUCUGGCCACAAGAGGCUGAGCUGUGCUUUCUGCAGAAGAUUUUUUGAAUGUGUGGAAAAGCUGAAGGAACACAUUAAGGAACACACUUUCCCCAUGAUUGUCCCUUUUGAUGUAGUGGACUACUCUAGGCCAGUACUGGCUAACCUUUCUGAGCACAUAUCUCCAGGGCAAUUUGCCCGUUUCCAGUGUCCAAAGUGUCCUGCUAGCUUCACACUAAAAUCCAACAUGGAUCGUCAUGAAAAAACAAUCCACUUCAACAGGAAGAAGAUGCAAUGCCCUUGCUGCCUGAAACUGUUCCGAGACAAGACAGACUUAAACCGGCAUCUUAUGUCUGUGCACUCCAGUGAACGUUCGUUUAUGUGUCUUUUUUGUGGCAAGGGCUUUGGUACCCAGAAAAACCUCAGUACUCAUAUGAAAGUUUGCUAUCUGGGUUCUACACAGCCAGUAUCUGAAGAGUUUCUGAAUCGUAUUGAUCAAAAUCAGGAAUCUGAUGAUGAGUAAGAAAACUGUUGGGCAAUGGAGAGAGUGAGAUUAAACUCUUAGAAGUGUAUUUCUUAGCUGCUUUGACUGGGUAGUGCAUUCUGAUUUGUCAGCAGUCUCAGUGCUCAGUACAGUGUGAAUGCUGAAUCAAUGGCCAGGUAAUGAAAGAAAGUUGUAAACCUCUUUAUCCCCAGGUUCUAUGGUUAGGAUUCAGACAGACAUAAAUCUAGGAGAUGCUUCAGACUUAAAGAACAAAUAUAAUUUUGUUAUUCAGUAGUAAUAAUCUUAAGAGAAAAUGUUAAAGAAAACAUUUUUGUAGUCGAAACAAGAUUAUUCUUACAGACAGCAUCCCAUAGUCCCAGGGUAGUUCUGCCUGAGUUGCAGUGUCUUCUGGGUAGAUAUUCACUUUUAGAUUUUAACAGUAGGUUCAAAGGAUCAAAAGGUUUUCCAUUCAUUUUCUCAGCACAUUAUUUAUUAAAAACAUUUCUCUACCUUCUCCCCACAUUAUCUGAAUGCAGUCUACAGCAAUAUUAAAAUAUAUAUUCGAAAAUGCAACUGAAUUAGUAGGACAGAGUUAUAAUGUACUUGGAUCAACCACCAGCAAAGUUCUGGCAGCACAGAUGUGGUAGAACAUCUGCCUUGCAUGCAGAAGGCCUCUGGCUCAAUCUGCAGUAUCUCUGGGUAGGGCUGGAUGAAACCCCUGCCUGAGAUCCUGGAGAAUUGCUGCUAGUCGGUUUAGACAACACUGAGCUAGAUGAACCAAAGAUGUGACAAUGUGAGGCAGUUUCCUAUGUUUUUAAAAGGCAUCUUUUAAAUGCCUUUUUAAAAAAGCAGGAUUGAAGUCACCUGCUGCUGAAGCCUGCUGGAUUGGUUGCACAAUUCAAAUAUCGGCAAAUGGGUAUCACAUUCAAAUGAUGUGUCAUGCAGUGAUCAAGAGUAAAUGUUUUGUGAUAUGCAAAUUUCAUGUUUAUUGUAGCAGAUUAAGAAUGCAUUAUGUCUUUUUUUAAAAAAAAACCCAGUUAUCUCAUUUGCAUAAUUUAGAGAAGCAGGACUUAAAGGAGCAUCCCUUUUCUUGACUCCUAGCUUCACACCUGUAUAUAUGAGGAUGUAUAUGAGGGGUGGAAUGCUAGAAAGAGUAAAGUGGGGAGACCAAAAACAAAGACCAGCAUCCCCUGAAAUUAAUUGUGAUGUCAGGUGAUUGAUAGGUGUCAUCUUUGGCCUGCCAGGGGUCAAGAAGAUAGUGAUCUGGCCCACUAGCCAAAAGAGGUUCCCCACUUGUACUAAAUGGGCCACAGUAUUUUCAAAUACCUUCACCAUCUGUGAAUUGUAUUCAGUUGUAAUGAGUGUUGUAAUACAGCUAGAUGAAAGUGGAUUUGGACAGUUAGCUCCCAUAGAAAUACUUCAAAAAUGUAAAAACAACAACAACAACCCAAUUUCUCUAAAAUCUGUUGUUUCUUCAAUCGGGUAGGCUACACUUCUUUUGAAUCCUAGAAAUCAGGACAGUAUAAAUGAGAGACAGCCAUGAAAAUACUAACUUGUUUUUGGUGUAGCUAAAAGAUGGACCUGGGUACUGAACCACCUUGUGAAAACAAGCACAAAUCUUGGGCCAUCUAGAGCACACCUAAAACUGAAAACUUGCCAGGGGGUGUUAUGAUCCAAGGAGAAAUGUUUCCCAUUAAUAGUUGCUUGAGAGGAAUAUUAUAUAGAAGCUUGGAGGAGGUGUCCAGAAAUGGCCUGAAGACUAAUAGUGAAUAACUGGUGGGUAGAAAAGGGAAGCCCCCAAAGGAAAAAUGAUUUUGAACAUUACUUAUCUAUAUAUUCCCAUUCUCCUUGUGAAAAGAACUACAACUUGCUCCACAAUAUAAGAUUUUUAGUCUUCAGGACAAAGGUAUUUAGAAUUUAUUAAACUAGUUUCCCAUCUUUGUCUAUUGUUGGUACCAGUUCUCCUUUAAUGGCUGUAUAAAAAUAUUCCUCAGGUGCUUCAAUAUUUUUUGUUCAGUGUUCAAAAGGAAGGCAGGCAUUCAUUUCUCAUGAUAAUAAGAAUCCUGUCCUCCUUAGGCUAUGUUAUUUCCAAUUACAAUUCUGGAAUUUUUCAACUUAAAAUUAUUGUCUGUUCUCUGCUUGAUUAUUAGCUUACUGACUUUGCUUUGAACAACUGUAGAGGCCUCUCCCCCUUAAUGUUGUUUUUUGUUAUGCUGCUGCUGUUGUUGUUGGUGUUGGUUUUGCUUUUCAUUUUUUGUUGGUCCUGUAAAAAUGUCCUCUAGUAAAAUCAUUUUAAAAGUACUUUUCACACCCUAGUCUUGUUAGGAAGUCCUGCUCUUGGGGAAAGUCGUCAUUUUCUUUCUUGCUGCCUGUCAGCCCAUGUCUUCCUCUUUUGUUUCUCCUCUUGGAGAACAGACCUACAGAUAUGUUAAGAACCAAACCCCUAUCAUUUGUAGAACAGAAUAUUGAGCAAAAGUGUGUGAUAUGUGCAUAGAAGCCCCAGUGAUUGGUAGAAGUGACUUCUAGUUUCACCUACCUUAGUCUUAGCUUCAGGUGCAAACUGACUACCAAGGAGAUAAGUUACUACUGAUUCCUCAAAAUUGGUUUCUAGAGCUUCUUUAAUCUCUCCAGUCCAGAGAUUAUGUUGGGUGACACUAGAAAUACAAUUUCUUGCUGGGGGUGGGGGGCAAAAAUCCAAAGCCAGUUGGGGGAAAAACUGUAUUUGGACCUUUUGCCUUUUGAAUAACAAAACCCUUCUAAACUCUCUUGCCACCUCUUUCUUGACUAGCAAAAAUUUGUGUUUGGCAGGGCAUGAGCGUGCAAGCAAAUACUUUUUCUCUUCCAAUUAGCACAACUAGCCUGCCAUUUUACCGUCUGGCAACUGCUGAAUAAUUUACUUUGCUCUUUGACAAACAGUAGGUCAUGAGAGAAGAAAGCACAGCAGGGCAGACAGAGAUCAGCACACAGGAGUUGAGAGGGAAAAAAGGGAAAGCUCUGUGUCUCUGAAGGAAUAGCUCUUUUUUAUUUGCUUGCAUGAUGCUUAUUUUUUGCUAGUAAGGAGACAAUGUACAGUAUAAGGUGUUGUGGCUGAAACAAAUAGCUACCCAUGAAAGUCUCCUGCGUGUAUCCCACUGAAUGCAGCGCAUCUUGGAUGUGUGUAAAAUGUUCCUAAUGGGUAGUUCCUACUAGGAUUUAGUGUCCUCAAAAGACUGGGUGGCCAUUCCAUGUACUCAAUCCAGACAGGAGCAGUAUCGUAAUAUUUGUAUUAUGACCACCACCAUCAAAAAAAUCAUAAAUCUGUGAGCUGGCUUUCUGUGGUUCAGUGUUAAACAAUACUAAACAAAACAAAGAUACAGAAAUGGCAGGUUGCUGCCUAAAGAUUCAGGAUAGUAUUUACCCAGAAUAAAAGACUUCAGGUGGCAUCAGAACAUAGAAACUUUUGGAAAGUGGCAAACACCAUCUUGUCUUAACAGUGCCCUGACUGAUGACCAUUCAGACGCUACAUACUGAAUUAUGACCCCCUAACAGCCACACACACACACCCCGGCCAACUAGUCUUUUUUUAAGCAUUAAGCUUGAAGGAAAAAGCUGGAAUUCAGAAGCUAGCUGAGUUUUUCAUUAAUUCUAAGAAGGGUAUUAUGAUACUGUUUCAUUUAGAUUGACACUACUUGGUUUUGUUGUCUUCGUUAUUUAUUACUCACUUUUCUCAGAAAAAAGAACUCCAAGUGACUUCCAAAGAACAAGUAUAAAAACAGAAUAAAACAAUCUUAAGUACACAAGUAUUAUAUAUGCGUAGAUUGAACUCAAUCCCUCCCGCACUAAAAGAUAAUCAGGAAAUUAAGAUUUAAAAGCCUGGGAGAUAAUGAUGGUGCCAGGCAUGCCUCCCUGAGGAGAGAAUUCUGUAAACGGGGAGCCCACCAUUCUGAAGGCCUGUUCUUACGUGUAUAAUAAAACUCUGCCUAUCUAUAGUGAACCAAAUAAUCACUAGCCAUCCUGCUUCCUCUUAAAGACUGUCAUGUUAUAAACUGAAUCCAUUGCUUGAAUUUAUAAUCCCGUUUAUGAAAAAUAUUCAGUGUAUAGCAGACAGUGUAUUGAUACAGUAGACUUGUUGAUUUGUGUUUGAUGAUUGGUGUGUUCAUUUUAUACUAGAAGAUUGGGUGAAUUUUUAUGAUGUAUAUGAUUGUAGGGAUUACUCUAUUGCAGGCAUAGGCAAACUCGGCCCUCCAGACGUUUUGGGACUACAACUUCUAUGAUCCCUAGCUAACAGGACCAGUGGUCAGGGAUGAUGGGAAUUGUAGUCCCAAAACAUCUGGAGGGCCGAGUUUGCCUAUGCCUGCUCUAUUGGAAAGGUUAGCUAAGGGGAGUCAUUGAACAAGUACAAGUAAUUUGAGCAUACCACCACCCCGGAAUUGUUUCCUUGUGUUUCCACUGUUAUCAUUGAGAUUAUAGGGGGAAAGUGCUAUUUCACAGCAGUAAAUCCAAUGAAAUUUAUUCCAUGCUUUGCUCAGUCAGUUAAGCAGGUGUGCAUUAAGGGCAGCAGCAUAGUGAACAUUCCUGCUCCAUUAUACAUUAUAAUAAAUGUAUAUUUUAAAACAUCUUAACAUUUAGUUCUGCUAUGGUCCUGAUUGUGCAAAUCAAAUUUAAUUGAUUAGGGCUGUGCUGUUAGGCCCUCUUGAGGAUAAAGGAGGCAAUUUUAACCUUCUGAGAGUGGUCAUGUUGCAAAAUGAAGUAAAAGUUUAUUAUUACUGGUAGUAAGAAACUUGCGUGAGUAAUAAGUAGGGCUUCAGUCCUAAUCCAUUUACCUGAGAAUCGGCCCCAAUAGUGCUUACUUAUGAGUAUACGUGGUUAGGGUUGUACUUUAAAUUGUAAUAAAGCUCCAAUCUAGUGUGCUACAAUUAUUCUACCAAAGAGGUUUUCUAUUUUUAAAAAAGUAAAGCCAUAAAAAGUACCUCAGAAACAAUACUUGAACUUAUAAGAACACUGUAUGUUUUGAUAACAGUAACACUUUUAAGAUGCAAAAGUAUGCAUUUUGUGUGAGUGAAUGAAUGAAUGAAUAUAUUUGCAAAGUGAAUGAUUUCUGAAACCUUUUAAAGGUUAACAGCGUUACUUGUAAAUAAAUGUUCAUUAUUAUGGUGCUAUUUACAGAGUGUUCCUCUAUCAUUAUUUUGUCCUUGGUGACACUGAUAAUGACUCUUAUAAUCUAAUUGGGAUGCAGUGCAGCAGCAUCUUUUCUUAACGCAAACCCAAUUGAAAUGAAUUAUUCGUUUGUACAAAUCCAGUGCUUUCAAAAGUAACGAUGGAUAAAAGAAAGGUGCAAUGGGUGGAGGAGUUCUUGAUACCCCCCUUCAGCUGAGGAGUGAGCCCAAUUUAUUUUUUGACAGUUAGAAAGACAAGUACAUACCUACUAGCAAAUCAAACACUGCUUCGACAGGGAACCUUUCUUCUUCUUCCAUUCAUUCCUGUUUUACACGACGAUCCCCAUUUUUAUUUUCUAAAGCACUGGAUGCAUCUGACCAUCCAUCAACUUAAACAAUUUAAAAAUAGCUUUUGUUAGAGCACGAAACUGGUCAGGGGAUAAAAGUGGUAUUUCUUGGUGACAUGAAGGACCCCAGCCAGUCAAUGCUGUUUACAGAUCGCUUCUCUUGCAAAUCGCUUGUAUAUUUUAAUUGUGUUCAUUAGACAAAAAGUAUGCUGUAAAUGCCUGUACUAUAGCACCUUUACUAAACUAUUAAAUACUUCCAGAUAUGUUUAUUGUCACUACUGUGAAAUUCAGAAAUAAGCUGUGGAAUGAAUGUAAUUUCUAGUGGUGCUCUUGUUUUACAGAGCUAGACAAAGGUGCAUAUUUGAAAUGGGGAUUGUUUUAAAUAAAAUUUUAAUUGAAAAAUGUAUUAACUGUUGCCUCUCCUUGACCAAUGCAUUGCCAAAGUUUGCUUGAGGAGGAAAGUUCUUUUUGCUGACAAAGAAAUUAUAAAACUUUAAGCACCUAGACCAAUAAAAUACCAGUAGUACAUAGUAAAGAAUUCUCUAGUCUAGUUUGCUGGUCCCAUCUGCCUUUCAAAAACGUAAAUUGCUAUAUUGUAUUUUUCAUUUGGUUGUGCAUAUCUUGUGUUUUAUAGAAAAGAUUAAACAAGGUUUGUAAAUAAAUUAAUACAGCAAACUGAACUUUCUUCCCUGGAUUCUGCUGUGGUGCAUUGUGGAGAACUCUGCUUUGGAUUUUAACUAGUCAGUUAAGGCUGCAGUCGUAUGCACACUUACCUGACAGUAAGUCUCAUUGCAUUUAUAACUUCUGAGCAGACAUGUAUAGCAUUGCACUACAACCAUGUCUAAUAAUGCCCAUGUGAAAUGCAACUGCAUGCAAGCCGUUCCCAAUGGCAAGAUUAACUUCCCAUGUCAUAUAAUGUUUGUGUAUUUCUAUUUUCUGUGAGCCAUCUCACAGACAUGCAAAUACAGCAAGUAAGUAAGUAAAUAGGUAAUAGUUGGUGCAUCUGACUUGUGAUACAUUUUUACCACGUCUAGCUUAGCAUGGAUGGCCAGCAUGGUUCUCUCCAGGUGCUGUUGGCCUUCAACUCCUAUCAGCCUCAGCCCACAAGGCCAGUGGUUAAGGAUGAUGGGAGUUGUAAUCCUGCAAAAUAUAAAGAUCCACACGUUCCCUACACUUGCUCUGCAACAUUAAACCAGCCAUGGGAGAAAGCUGUCUGACCAAGCUCAUUUCUGUGGUAUAUGGAGGCUAUGAGCAGCAUUAAAAGCAAGCACUAUCUUCAUAGUUCCAACAUGAAUUAUAAAAAAACCCAGUUCCAGCUGUUCUGUUCCAGACUUUACAAAUGUAGGGUGCACACACAGAGAUUCUAUUUCAAUCAGAAUUUUGGCCCAGUUUCAGCACAGAAACUGCCUUGGUUGCCCUCAGUCGGAAGAGAAAUGAGAAAUGUGUCCCUAUUAAUUCUCCUUGAUCUUUCAACAGCUUUUGAUACCACUGACUAUGCUAUCCUUCUGGAGUAGCUGUCCCAGUUAGGGGUAGGUGACACUGCUUUGCCCUACAUCGAUGAUCGUUUCGAGGGUGAUGCUUGGCAAGUGGUCUUUGGUCCCUAGAGCCUUCAGUGUGGAGUUCCUCAGGGUUCAAUGUUAUCCCCUUGGGUGUUUAACAUCUACAGUUAAACUGUCGUCAGCAAUAUGCUGAUAACACACAGCUCUACUUCUCCUUUACAUCUGCAGGUGAGGCAGUGGAUGUGUUGGACCGUUGUCUUGCUUCAGUAAUGAACUGGAUGAGAGCCAACAAACUGAAGCUCAGUUCAUAUAAGACUAGGCACUGCUAGUGGGUGGUUCCCUAGACCAGAUGGGUGGGAGCUUGCUUGCUCUUAAUGGGCUAACACUCCCUCUGAAAGAGUGGUUAUAUAGCUUGGGGGUGCUCCUGGAUCUUUUGCUGUUGCUUGAGGCUCAGGUGGCCUCGGCAUGGAGUGCUUUCCAUCAGCUCAGCUGGCGGCCCAGGUGCACCCCUAUCUGGACAGGGAUAGCCUACCUUCUGUCAUCUAUACACCGGUGAUCUCUAGGUUAGAUUACUGCAAUGCGUUAUGCGUAGGGCUGCCUCUGAAGAAGGUUCAGAAACUUCAGCUGUUGCAGAAUUCAGCGGCCAGGUUGCUCAGUGGAGCAAGACAGUUUGAGCAUAUUAUACUGAUCCUGGCCCAACUGCACUGGCUGCCAAUUAGUUUCCAGGCCCAAUUCAAAGUGCUGAAUUUGACCUAUAAAGCCUUCAACAUCUCAGGACCUCAGUACCUCAAGGACCGCCUCUACCCAUAUGAAUCGACCCAGACCCUGAGAUCACCAUCUGAGGCCCUUUGUCGUGUGCCUCCUCCAUGAGAAAUCCGGAGGGUGGCAACACGAGAACGGGCCUUUUCUGCAGUGGAAUGCCCUCCCCAGGGAGGCUCACCUAGUGCCUUCACUGUACAUCUUUAGGCGCCAGGCAAAAAUGUUCCUCUUCAACCAGGCCUUUUCCCUGAUUAACAUUAUGUGUCCUUUUAAAUGUGUUGUGGAAGCAAGGUGGUUAUUGUUUUGUUCUUGUUUUUAUUAAGUAUUUUGUAUUUUGUAUUUUUAUGCUGUGAACCACCCUGAGAUCUUUGAAUGAAGGAUGGUAUACAAAUUUAAUAAAUAAAAUAUAUAAGCAGUAGCUUUGAGAGUUGUUGAAGAUGGUAUGCUUUCAGUAGCCAUUGGAAUGGUUCCCUUGCACAUGGUGCGUUCACUCACUCACUCUCGGGUUUUUUGAAAAACUACAAAAACCUGAAAAUCCUAUGAAUAGAGAUUAUAAUUGGAUGAGAUAUCCACAGUCUUAGCAGCCGUGGCUCUGUUAUACUACCUUCUGCUCUCGGUUGUCUUAAUGAAGCUUUGAGAAAUUAACCAAUUACAUGGCUGUUACUUUCUUUGUAAAGUUGCUUGUUCUGUGUCUGUGUCUGAAUAGUUUUUAAAAUAGUGAAGUUGAAGUGCAGGCUGUAGUUAACACUUGGUGACCUUUACUUGAACGGCUUAUAGUUUGCUCAUUUUGUCUAGACUUUUUAGUAACUGGUUUAUUAUGAACCUAUCUAAUACAAGCCAUUUAUUUUGUCUAGUCCACUGCUAGUGAAGAGGGGCAACUGGAAAGGGGCUAUCACUAUAACUUGAUCCCGUUUGCUGAUCACUACCUUAUAAGAGUGAAUUAUUUCAAUGGUGUUUGGAUAUUAAGAAGACAGGUUGUAUUGGGUGUAGUCAAAGCAAGAUGAAUCUCUUAAACAUUAAAUAAGAGCAGGCUAAGAAUUAGAAUGCACAAUUAGAUUAACUCUUAAACUUUGGUAUAGAAUUAUAAAUCCUUGAAGUAUUUAUUUUGACUGAUAACGGGCGUUUAGGUGUGAUAAUAUUGUACAUCUAUUUCAAAUUGUGCUUGCAGUACUGCUUGAUUAAAGAAUACAAUCUUAACUUUAUUCUCCCUCUGUUGUGUGAAUGGGCUAUUGUUGCAGAAACUGAUUUACUCAACUGGGCUGCAAUAUAGUGGUUCCCAAGUGUAUAUAAAUUAAGAAAAACCAAGCGUCUACCUCUAAAAGGAAGUGUAUGAUUAUUCAGUAUUAUUUUAUUCAAUUUACUUGAGAUUUAACAGCCAGUGUGCUAAAAGCAUCAGUUCUGCUCUCUCUCUCUUUUAAUCAUGACUACCUAGUUUAGUUUCACUUGAAGCUUCCAUCUGAAGCUUGUGGUGACUCACUUAAUUUGAGAAUUAGCAAAUGGUCGGUUUAGGGGGAAAUUUGACAUUAAAUGUGUUGCUCCUGUGAACUCACAUCUCUCAGGUCCAUGUUUGAUGCUAAUUAAUGAACUUCCUUGUAGCCUACAGAGUUGGCAUGAACAGUAACUACAUCACCUUCCUGACACAUGGCACCUCUGUUCAAAUAUUAUUUGAAUAGAAUGAAACCAUUGGGAGCAUAAGAUAAGAAAACAUGAACAUUAGUACAGUAUUUGAAGUAGGUAUAUGUGCCAAUCAUGAAGGUGUUCCAAUUGAAGAUGGUCUCUGUAUGACAUUCAGUGUGUAUUGUGUGUAGCAGCCCUGAGACUCUCCCAUGGUGACUGUUCUGUUUCCCUGUUGUAACUGUUCAUCCCUUAGUCUCCAUAACUUUAUCUUCGUUCUCUCUUGCCUCCCUUCUUUUGCCAAGAAACUCCCACCUCUUGUAAGGUGGACUAUUUGCAAUUGUAUGUGCAAAUUUACAUUCUUUGUACAAGUCUUUAAUUGGGAUUGCUUUUUAUAAAAGGAGAUAUCAUCAGAAUGCAUACAGUCUGCGUAUUGAUCACAAUAUUGUUAGUUUCUUCUGUGUAAAAUGCAUUUUUCCUCCCAUUAUCUGUAGUGUAAUCAUCCUAUGGGCUGUGUCCAGAAAGUGGUGUUGGGGGAUGAGUGUUCAGACCCCUGGGCUCUCACUUGUGGGGGUGUCUCAGGGUUCUGUCCUCUCCCCCAUGCUUUUUAAUAUCUAUAUGAAGCCGCUGGGAGAGAUAAUCAGGGGUUUUUGGCUGGGUGUUCAUCAGUAUGCAGAUGACACCCAGCUCUACCUCUCUUUUAAAUCAGAACCAGUGAAGGUGGUGAAUGUCCUGUAUGAGUGCCUGGAGGCGGUUGGAGGAUGGAUGGCGGCUAACAGUUUGGGGUUGAAUCCUGACAAGACAGAAGUACUGUUUUGGGGGGACAGGGGACGGGCGGGUGUGGGGGACUCCCUGGUCCUGAAUGGGGUAACUGUGCCCCUGAAGGACCAGGUGCGCAGCCUGGGAGUCAUUUUGGACGCACAGCUGUCCAUGGAGGCGCAGGUUAAUUCUGUGUCCAGGGCGGCUGUCUACCAGCUCCAUCGGGUACACAGGCUGAGACCCUACCUGCCCAUCAGAUGUCCCAUCAGAUGUCCAGGAAAUAAGCAGCUAUCUUAUUUUUAAAAGACAUCUGAAGGCAGCCCUGUUUAGGGAAGUUUUUAAUAUUUAAUGCUAUAUUGUUUUUAACACUCGAUUGGGAGCCACCCAGAGUGGCUGGGGAAACUCAGCCAGAUGGGCGGGGUAUAAAUAAUAAAUAAUUAUAAUUAUUAUUUUGUUUGCCACCUUGAUUUUUCCUGCAGACUCCCAAACUUGACCAUUAGGACCCAAAUCUUUGGUUUCGUAAAAUUUAUCAUUUUUAUUUGUAAAAAAAAACUUACACUCUGCUCUUUGUCCUGUGACUCCAGGUUAAAACAAUAAUUUCAUAAAGUAAUAAAUGUUAAGAACAAAAUCAUAAGUAACACAAAUAAUAGAAUAAAAUCAGCCUUUCACUUUCCUGCAUUUAAGCGUCCCACUACCUUAAAAAGCCUGAUGAAAAGACAAGUCUUCAGCUGGUGCCUAAAGCUGGAUAAUAUUGGUUCCAACUAAACCUCUAGAGGGGAGCAUGUUCCCCUGCAGGGGUGCUAUUAUGGAGAAGGCCAUCUGGGUUUAAUCAAGGUUUACCAUCAUGAUUUAAUAUGUGAUAUUUUAAGAUAAAGCAGUACAGAAGAGAGUGAAUAUUUAGAUAAAAAGAAUAUUCUGAAAUCUUAAAGACUAAUAAAUUUAUUAUGGCAUUAUGCCAUAAUAAAAUUUUUAGUAUUUAAGGACUUUGUUGUUUUUGCUGUUGCAGACUUACAUGGCUAUCCCUCUGGAAGUUGUUAAUUUAAAUAGAUGAUUACCUUUCAAUAAAUAAGAUCCAAGCUGCUGUUUUCACCUGUUUAGUUAGUGCAUAUUUCACUUCCAACCUUAUUUGGAGGGGGAAGCAUUUACCCAGCUGCUCUGUAGAGUCUGUUGGCAAAUUAGACCCCGGGGCUCUCGUUACUGCAGUUUCCCUAGAGUCUAUCUGAGUGCUCAUCUCUUCUAAAAGCAGGACAACAAGGAGAAGCACUACUGAUAGUCCAAAAAAUUAUGUGAAUUUUUCAUCCAAAAUAUUCAAAAAGUCACAAAGGGGAGUACUAAAAUCCCAAUAUUUAAUUGGGAUUGUGAGCUAUAUCGUAUAUAGAAAAAUAAUUUAACACAAGAUGCUGUUUGCUGUUGCUGGUACACUCUCUCCGUUUGUGGCAGUGAAGAUGAUUUAUAGGUGGCUGCUAUUAGAUAAGUGUGCAACUCUUUUCUUGUUUUUUGGUCAACGCGCGAUUCUGCAUUUGAAAGGUUAAUAGCGAUGUUACCCCACAAGCGCCAUUUCACUUUGGGACUAGUCCAGGAUUAUAAAAUGAGGUCCCGCAUGCAGUCGUCGGUGUGUUGCAUUUACGGUUCACUGGCUCACAGCAAGUUAUUUUUGGCCUGAUUCCAAGCAUCAGGUCAUUGUUGCUAAGGCGAGCUCUGCCUGAACUACCAGGCACCUGCACAUAGGACAAGUAACAGAGGAUGUGCUUUAGCAAACAUUUACUUCUUUUUCUUGGUGUUUCAUCAGACCUUGGUGAAACAAUAUUGACAAUUUGCAGCUACAGCAAAGUACCGUAUUUUUCGCCCUAUAGGACGCACUUUUUCCCCUCCAAAAAUGAAGGGGAAAUGUGUGUGCGUCCCAUGGGGCGAAUGCAGGCUUUCGCUGAAGCCUGGAGAGCGAGAGGGGUCGCCGACCCCUCUCGCUCUCCAGGCUUCAGGAAGCUAUCCGCAAGCUAUGCGGAAGCUGCGCGAAGCCCGAAGCUUGGGGCGUGCUGAGCUCAGCGCCCCCCUAGGCUUCGGGCUUAGCGCAGCUCUCUGCAAGCCGUGGAAGGGCUGCGCGAAGUCGCGCAGCUCUCCCACGGCUAGCGGAGAGCUUGCCUGCACCCAGAAGCUUGGGGCACGCUGAGCUCAGCACGCCCCAAGCUUCGGGCUUCGCGCAGCUUUCGCAGCCUGCUGCCUGGAGCGCAGGGCGCGCUGAAGCCAUGGCUGGGGGGGGGGAAUAAAUAAAUUUUUCUUUAUCCCCCCCCCCAAACUAGGUGCGUCCUAUGGGCCGGUGCGUCCUAUAGGGCGAAAAAUAUGGUAUUUUACAGUCCCACCAGAAAAACCUUUCUGAUGAAGCUACUUCUUGUUUCUGCACUGACACGGUGAUAGCUGUAUGGGUCUUUCUAACCAGUACAAAGGUGUUGCAGCUUAAAUCAAUACAUUUGCUUGUACAGAAUUUCAGACCUUGAGACUAUCCUGUCCUAAUAGGAAGCAUCUGCUGUUGAGAUUUUUUUGCUAAUUCCCCUGCUGUUGAGAAAUUUUUGCUAAUUCCCACUAUCGGGUGUUAGUACACACCACAGCAAAAUAUUAUUGGGUAUAUGCUUACUUCAUUCUUGGAACUGGCCAGGCCUUCUGGGCUUCACUAUAGCCUAGCAUGCACUGAGAGUGCAACCCUAGGCUAGAAUACCCAGUAUUUUUCCAUGGUUGUAUGUUACAGGGGAUUAUUAGUUGUGUAGGUAAAGAUUGAUUCGGGUGGUCCCCCCCCCCCCGGGAAAUUCAUCUGCUUCCACUGGCAUUUAUUCAUAUUUUUUAAAACGGUAUAUUCUCUCUUUGAAUUAGUGUAAAUCAUUUCAAGCCAACAGUCUUCUCCCUGGUAAAUCUUGGAAGCUUAUUGGGGUUCCCAAUAUAUUGUGUUAUGAAACUGUGCAGAUUGAUUGAGAUGAAUCUCUGUGGCGUAGUGGGUCAGUGCAUCUGGCUGUUAACCAGAAGGUUGGUGGUUGGAGCCCAUCCAGAGACGCAUUUUGCGACCGAGAAUUUCAUUAGUGCAAGCAGUUUCUGACCUCUGGGCACUGUACUGGGCCUAAGAUUUCAGAUUAAAACUGCAGAGUAGAAAGAAAGGAGGACCUUUUUCUGCCUCCCUACUUCCAGCUACUCUCUGAAGACUAGAAAAGAGACCCUCAUAAGAAUAUUAUGGGAAUGGGCUGGGGAAGGACUAUACCAUGUGAAAAAUGAACAUAAUAUUUUAGCUGCAGUUCAUUGAUUUUCAGCUUUGUACUUUUGUUAUAAAAAAGCGCACCUAGACAUUCCAUUGUUGUGCCCAUAACCUAGGUUUAAGGUGCCAUUUAGCUCCUAGCUUUCAUAUCUCAGUUUCUAACGCUGCCCAAGGAUGGUUGUGGGCAGGAUUACUGUAUUGCAGGGGGUUGGACUAGAUCACCCUUGGGAUCCCUUCCAACUCUUCCUUUCUAUGAUUCUGUGAGUACCAUAUUUGUGAGAGCCUUCCUGUACCCAUGAAAUACACACCCAUUAAACAGAAGAGCACAGCUUGUCUUUAUAAGAGUUGGCCAACUUUCCAUGAGGAAAGACAAUGAACCUUAACUUAGUCUAUUUAUAAAGGGUUACGUCUCUAUAAGAACACUUCAGUGGUAUACAACAACAAAAGGAACAACAAUUAAGAUGACCAGUGCAUACUUCCUGCUCUGUCACAUCGUUCUGUUCCAUGUGAAGCAGUUUUUCUGUGAUUCAUCAUUGUGAUAGUUGUAUCUGUGUUUAUAAUUGUAUAUUUUAUUGUUGUAACCAACCAUGGGACAUUAUGGUGAAGGGUAGGUAAGAAAUCUUAUAAAUCAAUAAAUAAAUGGAAUUCUAGAUAAAUAUGGGAAUGGGCCUGUAAAUAUGGGAAUGGUGUGUAAGUCUAUAAGGUUACAGCAAGAAUACUAAAAGCCCUGCUACAAAAGUAGUUUCUGAAGCUUUGCCCUUGGUGUCCUUGAUUCCCAUUAUAACAGAGUUUUUCUAUUGGUCUGUUGGAUAAGCAGUUAGUUGUGUGUCUGCUGAAGAACAGGACUGUGCUAGAGUUGUAACCUGCACUGUGUUGUGUUUCUCUUCCAGUAAACGAAUUCACGGUGAUCAGAAAGAAGUUCAAAUGCCCCUACUGCAGUUUCUCAGCCAUGCACCAGUGCAUCCUGAAGAGGCAUAUGCGAUCCCACACUGGAGAACGACCCUAUCCUUGUGAAAUUUGUGGGAAGAAAUUCACCCGCCGGGAGCACAUGAAACGGCAUACCUUGGUAAGUUUGGCGCCUUUGGAGUUGCUCCGAAGGGCAGGGGGCAGCUGGAAAACGCAGGAGUGGUUUGCGACUGAGAACAUGAAAGGUGAUGUUUUAUGUGCACAUGUUCCUUUCUCUGUCUGUGAAAGGAAGAGAAAGUGAAAGUGAACUUUCAAGGCUUUGUUCCUCCCAUUUUGUGGACAUUGCAUGGAAAGAAGGAAUCAGCUGCUUGGGGAGCCCAUAUGGUUCUAAGGAAGAAGACAUGUUUUAAUUCAGGGAGAUGGGAUGGGUCAGUUGACACUGGGUCUCUUACAACAAUUCUGUGUUUGGACACUGUCCAUAUGAAAGAGUUUGAUACCAAUCAUAGAAAUGUAAGCCAGAUCUUUCUCGUUACAUUGCUGCUAUGCUUGUUAACCCUUGAGCCAAAUGCAUGAUGGAUUUUCUCACUAUGAGGUGUCUUGAAGGGAGGCAUAUAUAUAUGCUGUCCUGCUGUUUCUUAUGGGCUGUUGGGCCCAAGAAAUUGUCAUGACAGAUGACAGUGAUGUUUGUUAAAAGUCUGUAAGGAUGUAAAGAAACGUCAUUGUCAAGCUACAUAUCGAUCAGCUGGCAAUCAAAAUGCUUUUUAAGAGGCUGCAUGCUCCAGAGCAUCCACAUAUCCUAAAAAACAAGAAGGCGACUUCAUAUAUUUCUGUGUGGACCUUAUUUUUGCUCUUAAGGUAUUUCAAUGAUGUGUGCUCCUGCCCCUCCCACAGCUGAACCGCACAUCUCCUGUGUUAGCACUUGCAGUUAACACACUCACACACCCACUUGUAUUAUUUGGGUGCAAUAUAUUGUACUGUUAUCCUCAGCUGCACUAAUGCCACCUUAAGAUUCAGCAGAUUUCCCCACUUUCUAGAAAGGCAUUGGCUAAUAUGGGCUCUGGUCAAGUUGGUGGUUCCAUAAUUUGUUGUCUGAAGUCCAAGUGAAAUUUGGAUUCUCUUGUUAUCAGAAAUACAGACCGAACUGUCUCUUUGAUAGAGCUGGUCUUUAAACAUUUUUUACACCUUUUGGUAGGAGGAUUGAAGGAUAGAAGCCAUGUACUUGAGUAACUAAGCUUUUAGUUGUGAAGGGAACUUCUCUGUAGUGUCCAAAAUGUACAUCAGGCCGUACUUUCUGCAGACAACCUGUCUUUCUCCCAGCUGCCUCCUGAUAGGACUUUCUUUUCCCCUUUGAAGGGAAAGUUUGUUAUAUAGUCAGCUGAUACACCUCUGCCUGCCUAAGGCAGGUACGAAUGCUGCAUCUUAGUUUGCCAAAUGGCAGCAUUUAUAGACAAGAUGGGCAGCUAGCCUGCACUGCUGAAGCAGCAAUAUUGAAGGGGCUCCUGUUAUCUGUUGCCAUAGUACCCAAAACCCCACUGCCUUCUCCUUCCUUCCGUGAAUGCUUGUCCAUUCGGAUGAGUGCCCAGCCAUCUGGUCGUGAGACUGGUUGCUCCCUGAGAUGCCCCUUGAUUUGCAUCCUUGGGCUGGAGUUAGUCAUAUGCCACUCAGUAGCCCCAGAGCUUCAUCCAGCUACUCUUUCUUUCUUUCUUUCUUUCUUUCUUUCUCUCUCUCUCUCUCUCUCUCUCUCUGGCCUAUUCUUUUAAGGCCUGUAGUUUGUUGUUACAUGGUACAGGGGGAGGGGAGGGACCCUGCACAAGGAACAAAUGUGGACUUCUUGCACUGUUUUAUUUGUGUCGUUUCAAAUGUUAUUUUAUUUAAUUUGUAGGUUGCCUUGCCUUUUGAGGCUCAGGGCAAAUAAUAACCAUUACAUUUGAAAACAAAAUACAAUUAAAAUAAUCUCCCCUAGUUUAUUUAUUUAUUUUUUUAAAUAAUAUUCAUUGAAUUUUAAAGGGUUACAAAAAGAAAAAAUUAAACAGCAUAUUAAAGAAAUACAAAACAUCACAUCACAAUAAUAAAAAAAGAAAAAAAUCUCACCUAGUUUAACCCUAGACACUAAAUCCUAGCUCAGAACAAACAUUGAUAUGGUACUUCUUCAAAAUUAUAAAAUCAAACCUCUACUUUUUAGUCACUUUUGGCAGUAUGAGUGUGAGUGAUGACAAUAAAGGGGCGCACAGACGGGAGACUGUCCAUUUUGAAUUUUUGUUAUGAACCUUCCAGUGUUAAAAUGAGCAUUGCCUGGCCAUCCUAAUCUGUGCAAGGGUACCUAAAAUAUAGCUUCUGAAAUUCAUAGCCUUGUUUAGAGGCAACACAGUGGCGUGUUCUGCUUUUAUGCUUUCAAGGUUUCCUGCAUCUAUUCCUGAUUGCUGGCAGACGAAAUCAUGUUAGAACAAAAUGAAGAAAUUCGAGACAGCUGCUUUGAAAAGAAAAACAAAAAACUUCACUAGUUGUUGCAAUGUGACCUAGCUGCCAUUGCACCAUAAAGUCUCUUACUUGCAGACCCACCUGCCUUAACUUUGUCUUUCCUCCUUGCUCCCCUUAUCAAGGUCCACAGCAAAGACAAAAAAUACGUCUGCAAGGUGUGCAACCGAGUGUUUAUGUCUGCAGCCAGCGUGGGGAUUAAGCACGGUUCCCGCCGCCAUGGCAUUUGCACAGAUUGUUCUGGCCAAGGCAUGGCCAGCCACUUGGAUGCCAGCGGAGGAGAUGGCUCCCCUGACGAAUUGUACAGCACAGAAGAAGGCCCAUAUAUGGAAGAUCCUGACGACCUCAAAGCAGAAGGAGAUGAAGACAUAGGGGGUGACGAUGACAUAAAAUGGAAAGAUGACAUAGAAAUUUCACAAGACGACGUGAUUUUGGAAGAUGACAAAGAUGACAUUGACUCUCCACAGGAGAAUGAAAACUCUGAGGAUACCGACAAGGAUUUCACUUGGAUUUCUUAGGGAUUUUUGUUCUGCUCAAUCUGUUUGGGAUGGGGCAGGGAAGAGGAAGGUUGUGUUGGGAAAGCUCAAGUAGCCUUGCUAACUGUCCUUGUAUACAAAAAUGUCUUGUGUGUGGAGCAUUUUUUUUUCCAAGCAAACAAGCUCUUUAUUUGUUCCCUCCAGAUACUGUAUCAGCAAACAUUUCCCCUGAAACGUUUCCACUUUCUUGCCUGUUGCCCUUCACAUGGUCCUGAAAUGCGUAGAAUCAUGUCCUUGUCUUUCAGUGAGAGCCAACCAGAUUGUAUGCAGGCCCCAUGGCGCUUCCACCCUCAAAUUUUCCUCUACUGUCAGCUUGAAAUAUGGAGGACUCUUACUUCUCAAACAAUAAUUACCAAAACAUUUUGAAACAACUCUGCUUCCAGCAGCCAGGGAUUCAUGACAAGCUUACCCAUGGUAAAGUCCGGGACGCGGGUGAUCUAAACCCCUAAGCCUCUUGGGCUUGCCGAUUGGAACAGGCAUCCCCAACCUGCGGCCCUCCAGAUGUUUUGGCCUACAACUCCCAGGAUCCCUAGCUAACAGGACCAGUGGUCAGGGAUGAUGGGAACUGUAGUCCAAAACAUCUGGAGGGCCAAAGGUUGGAGAUGCUUGGAUUGGAAGGUCUGUGGUUCGAAUUCCCGCAACGGGGUGAGCUCCCGUUGCUCUGUCCCAGCUCCUGCCAACCUAGCAGUUGGAAAGCAUGCUGGUGCAAGUAGAUAAAUAGGUACCGCCGCGGCAGGAAGGUAAACGGCAUUUCCGUGCUCUCUGGUUUCCGUCACGUCGUUCCACUGCGCCGGAAGCGGUUUAGUCAUGUUGGCCACAUGACCCGGAAAGCUGUCUGCGGACAAACGGCGGCUCCCUUGGCCUGAAAGUGAGAUGAGCGCCGCAAUCCCAUACGCCUUUGACUGGACUUAACCGUCCAGGGGUCCUUUACCUUUUUUUACCUUCCCCAUGGUAAACAGAGCAGUGUGAGCAUUUCAGGACUUUUCCCUUUAAUAAUGCAACUCUUUCAGUAAGCCAGAGAGAUCAAUAGCCUUUUAGGUCUAUAGUCUUCACUAGAACUGGGACACUUGCCCUCAGGUCAAUUGAGCAAAGGAUUCAGUUGCCCAUUGGCAUUUGUAAUAUAAAGAUACCCUUCUUUGAGGUUUGAUUUGUGCAGGAAUAUUUGCUGCAAAAGUGUCCCCUAGUGGCCAAGUCUUGUAAAUGCACUUUUCUUCUGGUGUGGCUGUCUUCCUCUCUUGUUCAGUGACAUAUGGCAAUAUUCAGUGUACCACCUCCUUUGCCAAGUUCUGCCGAGCUCUGUUAGGACAUACCCAUGUGGGGUAUUUUUUGUCAGGUUUGGACGCAUUAAUUUUUCGUGGCAAGUGUACCAAUCCCUGCUAUCCCACACGUUGGUGUCAUAGUUCCCUCAGAAGAAUCAGGGAUUGCUCUGCCAGGUGGAAAGGUCACCAGUGGCAGAACUCUGGGUGCCAGUAAGGACAGCAGAGUGGGAAAUAGGAGGUGCACCCAGAAGUUACCCUGUGUCCUCCUCAUUUGAAAUUGAGAGGAACUGCACAAGAAAUAUGAAAGGUGAGCAUUGAAAAGGGCAGAUUUCAGAUUUCUUUGGCAGCCCCAAGAGAAUGGCACAAACUCCCCAAAUGACCUGAGUUCUUCCUUCUUUGGCUACUGCUUCUGUGCUUCAAGUGUAGUGCCAGACCGUUUGUCAUGGGUGCAUCUGUGUCCCUGAAUCUGGAAAAGCGGACUAUGUAUUUAAGCAUCCAAGCAGAUCUUCCACAUCUUGUCUACCAGUUGUGGCCGCAGGCUUGUACCCUGCAGCACCCACCGAGAAGUGUCUAGGCUCAUGAUCCUAAGAACUGGCGAGUUGUAUGUUUCAUGGUUGGCUACUGCUGCUUUUCUGGUGCAGCCUUUAAAUAGUAAACUGGCCUGUACAUUUUAUCUUUGGAACAGAUUUUUAUGCAGAAUAAUGUGAUUGUGCUUGAAACCUGCCGCAGGAAGCAGCCUUCAGAGCAAGGAAAUUGAAUAUUAAAGGUGCUAUUAUUGUUAUUUUUUUGUGCAGCAAGGACAACAGGCUUCUGAGAUUGUGUAAAGAGCAAUGGAAGUGUCUUCUCUGCACUGGAGUUCACUGGAGGGGCAAAAUCUUACUAAUGCCUAGCAUUUACUUCCAAUUGCAGCUACUUCUCCAUAUAAGACAAUGAAGGGCAUGGAACCGACUAGAUCAGAAUGAAAAAGCACCUGGUUUUCAUCAGUUAACUCCCAAAUGAAACCUUGAAUAGCAGGCCAUUGCUGUGAAAGACAGGGAGAUUCCACUUCCUAUUUUUUAUUUUUCCUUUUUCUUAUAAAGAGAGUGUAUAAGCAUAUUAUUUAAUGUACAUAUAUUAAAAAACACACACAUUGCAAUUGAUUUCAGAACUGUUCCACAGAUGAUCACUAGUGUUCCUUGUCAUGGGCACUAUCGCACUAGGUGCUAAGGAAGGUCACACGCCUUAUGGCAGCAGUUGUCAAUCACGCUGCUUAAUGCUCGUUUUGACCUUCAAACAUACACUGCUUGAAGUACUACAGAAAUCUGCAAGCAUAUUCAUAGAAAACUUUUUUAAAAAAGAUUAACAAAAAAUAAAUAAAUAGCUGGACAGCAAUUGCUAAGCCUGUACAGUAUGGCUUCAAAUUCUUCAGGGCUAUCAUCUGUACACAGCCUGAGGACAGAGCUUGCAAAAAAUAAUAAUCCCAAAACAAAACCCUGCCACCAUGCAAACAAAAAACAGCCACCACCAUGCAUGUUUCUCCUCUGGAAGAACAUCAAAGCCAGCUUUUCUGAAUCCAAAGAAGACAAACCCCAAUGGUGACAACCUUUCGAUGUUAAAAUGCCUUUCACUGAAGAUACUUACCCUUCACUGAAGUGUUUAAUGCAAGAAUUUCCAUCUGGUCUUGCACUAAUGUACAGCUUCCUUUAAAGAGCUUUGCUGGUGUAAACCACACCAUUUCAUUGACACUUGUUUCAGUGCUUUAUUAAUGGGUCAUAUCACUGUGUUAAUGUUUCAGCUUCCUUUCCUUGGAUAAAUCUCAGGCUAAUAAAGAGAACUGAGAGGGGAAUUCACUCAUUUUAUUUUUCUAUGCACUUCUUUUCUUCUUCUCCAUCCGUUGUCACUCCCCACCAUUUCGCAACACCACAUUCACUGGUGUGUUUUAGGCUGUCUUGCUGAAGUUACUCCGUGUUCUUAGUGCUUAACUAGCUCAAAGAAAAGUUUUAUUAUGUCAAUGUGGAAUGCUCUGCUGCUAGACAAGGGUACAGAAUUGUUUUUACUUAGCCAGGAAAACAUGGCCAAUAACCAAAUACCUUAAUAUUCUCAAGGGAGGUUGCAGGGCGGGGGCUAGAAUCCAAGACUCUUCUUGCAUUUGAGCUUGUUGUAAAGCCUCAUUCUAUUUCAACUGGAAGACAAAUGUUUUAAUACUGGACUUUCAUAAACACCUUUCUAAAUGCUGCAGAAAACAAGCUAUGCACAAUGGAGACCUUGGCUGUCCAAAUGACAGAAGCCCAAUGGAUUAAUAGCAGUUCUAGAAAAUGCUGGAGAUUUGAGUUUCUCUUGACUCCCUUUUCAUUGCCAUCAUCUUGUAUGGAACCAAGGACAUCAGGAAUUGAGGAGUCCUAGUGUUUGGCAUGAAUAAAGCUUUUUUGUUUGGGGGGCACACGCCUGAACUGAAGACAUUCCAUUUUCCUCCCACCUUGACUUGACAGUUGGAUUUCACACACAAACCAACCCUUGCUGCAAAGUGGUUCCCUGUGUACUCAGUUUGGCUUGUUAGUACUUAAACCCAAAGUGCUGGAAACCUUCCAUGAAAGUGAGGUGGUGGGAAGUAAUUUUCACUUUCUCUUGAACCUUCCUGGCCCCUCCUUCUCUCCACUCUACCUUGGGAACUUUGGUUAUUAUGUAGACUGCCAAUUCCAUGUUGCUGUCUUCAUUGGUUCAUAUGUGGUGUGGUGUGAUAGAAUAGGGACAAAGGACCUUCAUACAUGCAUCAUCUUCUUCUUUGGCGAUCACUCGUAGCUGAGUAAGAUUGUCUUCCAUAAACACGGUUUUAACAAUGAGUCCAUAAGUGACUGUGGAGGCCAAUUCUGGAUCCACACGUCCUUCCACAGUGAUGGUGCAUCUAUACCUAGAUGAUUCUCUAAAACACUAGGGAGUUAGGAGCCACUUGUUUUUUAUACAUUUUAUUAGUGUCAUUUCUGUGCUAUUUUGACUAAGUGGAAGCAACAAGACGCAUGAAAUGUGAAUGUUUCAGCUUUCUCAGUGACAACAUUGCAGAUGUACACUGUAUGUGUGUGUCGAGAUCUCAGAAAAACUGCAAAGAUCUUGGGAACUUCUUUUAAACACGAUUUUUAAAGAAGCUUGAGCUGUUUUGGGUUCUCGUACGAGUUUGGUUCUCUUCACUGGGUUUUGCUCAGGAUCUGUUCCUGAUGGUCUGUGCCCUCUUCUGUCGCUUUACUAGUCAAGUAGUUUUAUCUGGAAGUGGACAUUGUCUCCAACCCUGCAGGUAGGCACUUAAUUUUGAUUACUCAAAUGGGUGUCUGCUGUGUGCUUGUCUUUAAACAAAGCCCGUUUCUGCACUCACCUGUAGGCUGCUAGAACAGGAUCAAGGUCAUGCUGGGCUGCUUUCAUGCUGGGUAGGCGUGAUUAAACAUCAAGAAGACCUUUCUGAGGGAAAGAGCUGUUUGAUAGCGUAACAGACUCCUGCAGAAGGUGGUGGACUCUCCUUCCCUGGAGGCAAUCCAUCGGGGAUGCUUUCGUUGAGAUCCCUGCAUUUCAGAGGGUUGGACUAGAUGACCCUAAGAAUCCCUUCCAAUUCUACGAUUCUAUGGAUUAGAUCAGUGCUUUGUUCUGCCAAGAAAAUACAGCAAGCCCAUUUGGGGUCUAGCAACCACUGUAAACUGAAGAAGAUGCUGGCAAGGCUGCAAAGUAUCAGCUGAUUGGAGAUGAUUGAUAGGUUUGGUGGUGUCUCUUAGACUGCCUAUAGCAGGCAUGGCCAAACUCCGACCCUCCAGAUGUUUUGGGACUACAAUUCCCAUCAUCCCUGACCACUGGUCCUGUUUGCAAGGGAUGGUGGGAAUUGUAGUUCCAAACAUCUGGAGGGCUGGAGUUUGCCUAUGACUGCUGUAGAGGAUGUGGCUCAGAUGAGGUGAUGAGCUGGUUACUUUUCUACGGUCUUUCCCCCACAUUAGAAUUUGGUAGGUUUGUGACUUGGAAGCUGUAAAGCAGCUAUAAAGAUCUUGCACCCUAGUACUAGAAAUCAAUUUCAUUGAUUUUAAGCAUUUCAUAAGCAUUUAAAAUUCUGUGGGAAGCACGUUGCAAUUAACAAUCUGAGCAGUGUUGCAAUAUAUAUAUAUAUAUAUAUAUAUAUAUAUAUAUAUAUAUAUAUAUAUAUAGUUUUAACCAUAUUGAGCUCCUAAUCAUUUCAUCUUCCUGUUAUUAUUUUGCUUGUACCUUUUUUAAUUGAUUCAUGCUGCUGUGAUCAUGAUGUUGAGCUGGUCGGUGUGUUGGUCCACUGAGUCCAGCAUUGUUCCUCUAACUGGCAGCAGCCCUCCAAGACCACAGCCAGCAGUCUUCCCUUUGGCUCUGUUUAACUAGCAUUACCAGGAAUUGAACUCAGGACUUUUGCAAGCAAAGUAUAUGCAUCCACCAGGAGCAGGGAGUAGCAUUCUUCUCCCCAUCCCUGACGAACCAUAAUCCUGAGAUUCCAAGUUUCAUGUUUUAAGAAGAGCAAGUUUCUAGCAUUUAUAGAACCUGAGCUAUGAAACAAAACAUGCAUGCAGUGCUCUGCUCAUUUUAAAAUUGGCGUUUUGUGUUACCAAAAAAGAAGAAAUGGAAUGUGUAUUGUAGAAUGCUGCCCUGCAUUUCAAAGGGGCUUCUGCAGGAGAACAUCUCCCUACAGCAGGGGGAACAAAAAGGUUGAUUGGGCUCUUCUCAUCUCAGGCCAUCGAUCGUACGGCUCAAUGGGCAGUGUAAUUUCUGCAGGCUGGGUAACAUGAAUUUUUAUUUAUUUUUGGGUUUAUACCCGGAAGCUCUCCUGCCUACAUGUGUCUGAAUUAAAUGGGAGUUAUUCAGGAGUGUGACUCCCAUCCUUCUUAAUGAGGUAAGCACAGGAGAGAUACCCCUGACUUGUACCCAAAAUUGGUAUGUUUUGAUUCCCUCUGAAUUUGGCAUAUCUGGCCAAAAAGCUUGGCUACCUUCAAAUAAGGCUCUUCACAAUCAUGCUUAUGCUUCCAAUGUUACACAUCUCUCCCCCCCCCUUUUAAGUAAAAAGAGAGAAGCUCUAAUAAAGUUGUUCAGUAACUGGAAACUUUGCAAUAUGAUUGAAGAUAAUCUACUUUUAGUUCAUUCUGUGACAUGUGCAACUCUUAAGCCAUACUGAACUGGGUUUUUAUUUUAUUUGUUAAGGUUCUCUGUCGUAUGGUUUGAAUUUCUGCCUUUUUUAUUUUUAAAGAAUUCCUUCAUAGGAAGGGAUGCCAUGUGUGUGUGUAUGUGUGGGGGUGUGCUUUCAUAUAUAUAUAAAUAUAAAUAUAUUUAUUUUUCAGCGUGCUUAAACCUGUCUACUAAAAUGUAACUAAAGCAAACAAAAAAGGGCAGUGUUUGAACAUUGUUGAUUAUUUUUUUUGCUGGGAAUAUUCUAUAUUAUACUGACUUUAUAUAUUAUUAUAAACCUGUGUUUGUAUUGCCGAUGUUUAAUAUUUUGAGGGUGGGAUAUGGGGAGAUUUUAGAACCCAGAAGUCAGUUGGGAAACGAGUGUGUGUUUGUACUGAUUUUCUGUCAUUGUAGUUCAGGUAACUAUGACCUUAUUUUCUAGAUGAUCUCACACUUUCCUGUCUGUCUAGGUGAGUGCCAGAGGUCUGCCAAGCCGAUUACAUUUACUUUGUCAUGAGAUUAACUUAGACAUACUUGCAAAAAUCAGUCUGUUUCAAUAAAUUGGGAUAUUGCUGCUAAAAGUAUCGGUUUCUAUUUUUAAGUUUCAACACGCUUCUUACAAUUUCCUGUUCUUGACCUGAGCUGUUUGCAGAUAGGGCAGGUGGGGUGAAUGGAAACCUACUCCUAUAGCAGAAAAAAAUGUGUGUGUGAUCAAAAUGAAUACUUGAUUCCCCUGCAAGCCCCAAAACUGACAGAUGGAGGUGUGCACAUACAUUCCCCCCCUACUGUCAACAGGGAGAAGCUUGCAGCCAUGAUCCCUUGACCACCUGGUUCUUGAGCUCAUGGUGACCAACCCGAAAAAAGGGAUCUUGGUGUCAUAGUGGGUAACUCAGUGAACAUGUUGCAGCAGCUGUGAAAAAUGUGAAUUCCAUCUUACAAGGCAUUUGGAAAAGGGGUGAAAAUACAACCUGCAAUAUCAACAUAGUCAAAUGCCA